AUGUGCUCCUUGCACCCUGCUUCUACCCCCUCUCAUCUUCCCUUCCCUGAAAGUGGCCUUGAACCCCCACGUACUCGCUACUCGCUCACCUUGGCAGAGGUGGGUCCUUCCAGCCCCGACAUGUGCUCCUUGCACCCUGCUUCUACCCCCUCUCAUCUUCCCUUCCCUGAAAGUGGCCUUGAACCCCCACGUACUCGCUACUCGCUCACCUUGGCAGAGGUGGGUCCUUCCAGCCCCGACAUGUGCUCCUUGCACCCUGCUUCUACCCCCUCUCAUCUUCCCUUCCCUGAAAGUGGCCUUGAACCCCCACGUACUCGCUACUCGCUCACCUUGGCAGAGGUGGGUCCUUCCAGCCCCGACAUGUGCUCCUUGCACCCUGCUUCUACCCCCUCUCAUCUUCCCUUCCCUGAAAGUGGCCUUGAACCCCCACGUACUCGCUACUCGCUCACCUUGGCAGAGGUGGGUCCUUCCAGCCCCGACAUGUGCUCCUUGCACCCUGCUUCUACCCCCUCUCAUCUUCCCUUCCCUGAAAGUGGCCUUGAACCCCCACGUACUCGCUACUCGCUCACCUUGGCAGAGGUGGGUCCUUCCAGCCCCGACAUGUGCUCCUUGCACCCUGCUUCUACCCCCUCUCAUCUUCCCUUCCCUGAAAGUGGCCUUGAACCCCCACGUACUCGCUACUCGCUCACCUUGGCAGAGGUGGGUCCUUCCAGCCCCGACAUGUGCUCCUUGCACCCUGCUUCUACCCCCUCUCAUCUUCCCUUCCCUGAAAGUGGCCUUGAACCCCCACGUACUCGCUACUCGCUCACCUUGGCAGAGGUGGGUCCUUCCAGCCCCGACAUGUGCUCCUUGCACCCUGCUUCUACCCCCUCUCAUCUUCCCUUCCCUGAAAGUGGCCUUGAACCCCCACGUACUCGCUACUCGCUCACCUUGGCAGAGGUGGGUCCUUCCAGCCCCGACAUGUGCUCCUUGCACCCUGCUUCUACCCCCUCUCAUCUUCCCUUCCCUGAAAGUGGCCUUGAACCCCCACGUACUCGCUACUCGCUCACCUUGGCAGAGGUGGGUCCUUCCAGCCCCGACAUGUGCUCCUUGCACCCUGCUUCUACCCCCUCUCAUCUUCCCUUCCCUGAAAGUGGCCUUGAACCCCCACGUACUCGCUACUCGCUCACCUUGGCAGAGGUGGGUCCUUCCAGCCCCGACAUGUGCUCCUUGCACCCUGCUUCUACCCCCUCUCAUCUUCCCUUCCCUGAAAGUGGCCUUGAACCCCCACGUACUCGCUACUCGCUCACCUUGGCAGAGGUGGGUCCUUCCAGCCCCGACAUGUGCUCCUUGCACCCUGCUUCUACCCCCUCUCAUCUUCCCUUCCCUGAAAGUGGCCUUGAACCCCCACGUACUCGCUACUCGCUCACCUUGGCAGAGGUGGGUCCUUCCAGCCCCGACAUGUGCUCCUUGCACCCUGCUUCUACCCCCUCUCAUCUUCCCUUCCCUGAAAGUGGCCUUGAACCCCCACGUACUCGCUACUCGCUCACCUUGGCAGAGGUGGGUCCUUCCAGCCCCGACAUGUGCUCCUUGCACCCUGCUUCUACCCCCUCUCAUCUUCCCUUCCCUGAAAGUGGCCUUGAACCCCCACGUACUCGCUACUCGCUCACCUUGGCAGAGGUGGGUCCUUCCAGCCCCGACAUGUGCUCCUUGCACCCUGCUUCUACCCCCUCUCAUCUUCCCUUCCCUGAAAGUGGCCUUGAACCCCCACGUACUCGCUACUCGCUCACCUUGGCAGAGGUGGGUCCUUCCAGCCCCGACAUGUGCUCCUUGCACCCUGCUUCUACCCCCUCUCAUCUUCCCUUCCCUGAAAGUGGCCUUGAACCCCCACGUACUCGCUACUCGCUCACCUUGGCAGAGGUGGGUCCUUCCAGCCCCGACAUGUGCUCCUUGCACCCUGCUUCUACCCCCUCUCAUCUUCCCUUCCCUGAAAGUGGCCUUGAACCCCCACGUACUCGCUACUCGCUCACCUUGGCAGAGGUGGGUCCUUCCAGCCCCGACAUGUGCUCCUUGCACCCUGCUUCUACCCCCUCUCAUCUUCCCUUCCCUGAAAGUGGCCUUGAACCCCCACGUACUCGCUACUCGCUCACCUUGGCAGAGGUGGGUCCUUCCAGCCCCGACAUGUGCUCCUUGCACCCUGCUUCUACCCCCUCUCAUCUUCCCUUCCCUGAAAGUGGCCUUGAACCCCCACGUACUCGCUACUCGCUCACCUUGGCAGAGGUGGGUCCUUCCAGCCCCGACAUGUGCUCCUUGCACCCUGCUUCUACCCCCUCUCAUCUUCCCUUCCCUGAAAGUGGCCUUGAACCCCCACGUACUCGCUACUCGCUCACCUUGGCAGAGGUGGGUCCUUCCAGCCCCGACAUGUGCUCCUUGCACCCUGCUUCUACCCCCUCUCAUCUUCCCUUCCCUGAAAGUGGCCUUGAACCCCCACGUACUCGCUACUCGCUCACCUUGGCAGAGGUGGGUCCUUCCAGCCCCGACAUGUGCUCCUUGCACCCUGCUUCUACCCCCUCUCAUCUUCCCUUCCCUGAAAGUGGCCUUGAACCCCCACGUACUCGCUACUCGCUCACCUUGGCAGAGGUGGGUCCUUCCAGCCCCGACAUGUGCUCCUUGCACCCUGCUUCUACCCCCUCUCAUCUUCCCUUCCCUGAAAGUGGCCUUGAACCCCCACGUACUCGCUACUCGCUCACCUUGGCAGAGGUGGGUCCUUCCAGCCCCGACAUGUGCUCCUUGCACCCUGCUUCUACCCCCUCUCAUCUUCCCUUCCCUGAAAGUGGCCUUGAACCCCCACGUACUCGCUACUCGCUCACCUUGGCAGAGGUGGGUCCUUCCAGCCCCGACAUGUGCUCCUUGCACCCUGCUUCUACCCCCUCUCAUCUUCCCUUCCCUGAAAGUGGCCUUGAACCCCCACGUACUCGCUACUCGCUCACCUUGGCAGAGGUGGGUCCUUCCAGCCCCGACAUGUGCUCCUUGCACCCUGCUUCUACCCCCUCUCAUCUUCCCUUCCCUGAAAGUGGCCUUGAACCCCCACGUACUCGCUACUCGCUCACCUUGGCAGAGGUGGGUCCUUCCAGCCCCGACAUGUGCUCCUUGCACCCUGCUUCUACCCCCUCUCAUCUUCCCUUCCCUGAAAGUGGCCUUGAACCCCCACGUACUCGCUACUCGCUCACCUUGGCAGAGGUGGGUCCUUCCAGCCCCGACAUGUGCUCCUUGCACCCUGCUUCUACCCCCUCUCAUCUUCCCUUCCCUGAAAGUGGCCUUGAACCCCCACGUACUCGCUACUCGCUCACCUUGGCAGAGGUGGGUCCUUCCAGCCCCGACAUGUGCUCCUUGCACCCUGCUUCUACCCCCUCUCAUCUUCCCUUCCCUGAAAGUGGCCUUGAACCCCCACGUACUCGCUACUCGCUCACCUUGGCAGAGGUGGGUCCUUCCAGCCCCGACAUGUGCUCCUUGCACCCUGCUUCUACCCCCUCUCAUCUUCCCUUCCCUGAAAGUGGCCUUGAACCCCCACGUACUCGCUACUCGCUCACCUUGGCAGAGGUGGGUCCUUCCAGCCCCGACAUGUGCUCCUUGCACCCUGCUUCUACCCCCUCUCAUCUUCCCUUCCCUGAAAGUGGCCUUGAACCCCCACGUACUCGCUACUCGCUCACCUUGGCAGAGGUGGGUCCUUCCAGCCCCGACAUGUGCUCCUUGCACCCUGCUUCUACCCCCUCUCAUCUUCCCUUCCCUGAAAGUGGCCUUGAACCCCCACGUACUCGCUACUCGCUCACCUUGGCAGAGGUGGGUCCUUCCAGCCCCGACAUGUGCUCCUUGCACCCUGCUUCUACCCCCUCUCAUCUUCCCUUCCCUGAAAGUGGCCUUGAACCCCCACGUACUCGCUACUCGCUCACCUUGGCAGAGGUGGGUCCUUCCAGCCCCGACAUGUGCUCCUUGCACCCUGCUUCUACCCCCUCUCAUCUUCCCUUCCCUGAAAGUGGCCUUGAACCCCCACGUACUCGCUACUCGCUCACCUUGGCAGAGGUGGGUCCUUCCAGCCCCGACAUGUGCUCCUUGCACCCUGCUUCUACCCCCUCUCAUCUUCCCUUCCCUGAAAGUGGCCUUGAACCCCCACGUACUCGCUACUCGCUCACCUUGGCAGAGGUGGGUCCUUCCAGCCCCGACAUGUGCUCCUUGCACCCUGCUUCUACCCCCUCUCAUCUUCCCUUCCCUGAAAGUGGCCUUGAACCCCCACGUACUCGCUACUCGCUCACCUUGGCAGAGGUGGGUCCUUCCAGCCCCGACAUGUGCUCCUUGCACCCUGCUUCUACCCCCUCUCAUCUUCCCUUCCCUGAAAGUGGCCUUGAACCCCCACGUACUCGCUACUCGCUCACCUUGGCAGAGGUGGGUCCUUCCAGCCCCGACAUGUGCUCCUUGCACCCUGCUUCUACCCCCUCUCAUCUUCCCUUCCCUGAAAGUGGCCUUGAACCCCCACGUACUCGCUACUCGCUCACCUUGGCAGAGGUGGGUCCUUCCAGCCCCGACAUGUGCUCCUUGCACCCUGCUUCUACCCCCUCUCAUCUUCCCUUCCCUGAAAGUGGCCUUGAACCCCCACGUACUCGCUACUCGCUCACCUUGGCAGAGGUGGGUCCUUCCAGCCCCGACAUGUGCUCCUUGCACCCUGCUUCUACCCCCUCUCAUCUUCCCUUCCCUGAAAGUGGCCUUGAACCCCCACGUACUCGCUACUCGCUCACCUUGGCAGAGGUGGGUCCUUCCAGCCCCGACAUGUGCUCCUUGCACCCUGCUUCUACCCCCUCUCAUCUUCCCUUCCCUGAAAGUGGCCUUGAACCCCCACGUACUCGCUACUCGCUCACCUUGGCAGAGGUGGGUCCUUCCAGCCCCGACAUGUGCUCCUUGCACCCUGCUUCUACCCCCUCUCAUCUUCCCUUCCCUGAAAGUGGCCUUGAACCCCCACGUACUCGCUACUCGCUCACCUUGGCAGAGGUGGGUCCUUCCAGCCCCGACAUGUGCUCCUUGCACCCUGCUUCUACCCCCUCUCAUCUUCCCUUCCCUGAAAGUGGCCUUGAACCCCCACGUACUCGCUACUCGCUCACCUUGGCAGAGGUGGGUCCUUCCAGCCCCGACAUGUGCUCCUUGCACCCUGCUUCUACCCCCUCUCAUCUUCCCUUCCCUGAAAGUGGCCUUGAACCCCCACGUACUCGCUACUCGCUCACCUUGGCAGAGGUGGGUCCUUCCAGCCCCGACAUGUGCUCCUUGCACCCUGCUUCUACCCCCUCUCAUCUUCCCUUCCCUGAAAGUGGCCUUGAACCCCCACGUACUCGCUACUCGCUCACCUUGGCAGAGGUGGGUCCUUCCAGCCCCGACAUGUGCUCCUUGCACCCUGCUUCUACCCCCUCUCAUCUUCCCUUCCCUGAAAGUGGCCUUGAACCCCCACGUACUCGCUACUCGCUCACCUUGGCAGAGGUGGGUCCUUCCAGCCCCGACAUGUGCUCCUUGCACCCUGCUUCUACCCCCUCUCAUCUUCCCUUCCCUGAAAGUGGCCUUGAACCCCCACGUACUCGCUACUCGCUCACCUUGGCAGAGGUGGGUCCUUCCAGCCCCGACAUGUGCUCCUUGCACCCUGCUUCUACCCCCUCUCAUCUUCCCUUCCCUGAAAGUGGCCUUGAACCCCCACGUACUCGCUACUCGCUCACCUUGGCAGAGGUGGGUCCUUCCAGCCCCGACAUGUGCUCCUUGCACCCUGCUUCUACCCCCUCUCAUCUUCCCUUCCCUGAAAGUGGCCUUGAACCCCCACGUACUCGCUACUCGCUCACCUUGGCAGAGGUGGGUCCUUCCAGCCCCGACAUGUGCUCCUUGCACCCUGCUUCUACCCCCUCUCAUCUUCCCUUCCCUGAAAGUGGCCUUGAACCCCCACGUACUCGCUACUCGCUCACCUUGGCAGAGGUGGGUCCUUCCAGCCCCGACAUGUGCUCCUUGCACCCUGCUUCUACCCCCUCUCAUCUUCCCUUCCCUGAAAGUGGCCUUGAACCCCCACGUACUCGCUACUCGCUCACCUUGGCAGAGGUGGGUCCUUCCAGCCCCGACAUGUGCUCCUUGCACCCUGCUUCUACCCCCUCUCAUCUUCCCUUCCCUGAAAGUGGCCUUGAACCCCCACGUACUCGCUACUCGCUCACCUUGGCAGAGGUGGGUCCUUCCAGCCCCGACAUGUGCUCCUUGCACCCUGCUUCUACCCCCUCUCAUCUUCCCUUCCCUGAAAGUGGCCUUGAACCCCCACGUACUCGCUACUCGCUCACCUUGGCAGAGGUGGGUCCUUCCAGCCCCGACAUUGGCCUUGAACCCCCACGUACUCGCUACUCGCUCACCUUGGCAGAGGUGGGUCCUUCCAGCCCCGACAUGUGCUCCUUGCACCCUGCUUCUACCCCCUCUCAUCUUCCCUUCCCUGAAAGUGGCCUUGAACCCCCACGUACUCGCUACUCGCUCACCUUGGCAGAGGUGGGUCCUUCCAGCCCCGACAUGUGCUCCUUGCACCCUGCUUCUACCCCCUCUCAUCUUCCCUUCCCUGAAAGUGGCCUUGAACCCCCACGUACUCGCUACUCGCUCACCUUGGCAGAGGUGGGUCCUUCCAGCCCCGACAUGUGCUCCUUGCACCCUGCUUCUACCCCCUCUCAUCUUCCCUUCCCUGAAAGUGGCCUUGAACCCCCACGUACUCGCUACUCGCUCACCUUGGCAGAGGUGGGUCCUUCCAGCCCCGACAUGUGCUCCUUGCACCCUGCUUCUACCCCCUCUCAUCUUCCCUUCCCUGAAAGUGGCCUUGAACCCCCACGUACUCGCUACUCGCUCACCUUGGCAGAGGUGGGUCCUUCCAGCCCCGACAUGUGCUCCUUGCACCCUGCUUCUACCCCCUCUCAUCUUCCCUUCCCUGAAAGUGGCCUUGAACCCCCACGUACUCGCUACUCGCUCACCUUGGCAGAGGUGGGUCCUUCCAGCCCCGACAUGUGCUCCUUGCACCCUGCUUCUACCCCCUCUCAUCUUCCCUUCCCUGAAAGUGGCCUUGAACCCCCACGUACUCGCUACUCGCUCACCUUGGCAGAGGUGGGUCCUUCCAGCCCCGACAUGUGCUCCUUGCACCCUGCUUCUACCCCCUCUCAUCUUCCCUUCCCUGAAAGUGGCCUUGAACCCCCACGUACUCGCUACUCGCUCACCUUGGCAGAGGUGGGUCCUUCCAGCCCCGACAUGUGCUCCUUGCACCCUGCUUCUACCCCCUCUCAUCUUCCCUUCCCUGAAAGUGGCCUUGAACCCCCACGUACUCGCUACUCGCUCACCUUGGCAGAGGUGGGUCCUUCCAGCCCCGACAUGUGCUCCUUGCACCCUGCUUCUACCCCCUCUCAUCUUCCCUUCCCUGAAAGUGGCCUUGAACCCCCACGUACUCGCUACUCGCUCACCUUGGCAGAGGUGGGUCCUUCCAGCCCCGACAUGUGCUCCUUGCACCCUGCUUCUACCCCCUCUCAUCUUCCCUUCCCUGAAAGUGGCCUUGAACCCCCACGUACUCGCUACUCGCUCACCUUGGCAGAGGUGGGUCCUUCCAGCCCCGACAUGUGCUCCUUGCACCCUGCUUCUACCCCCUCUCAUCUUCCCUUCCCUGAAAGUGGCCUUGAACCCCCACGUACUCGCUACUCGCUCACCUUGGCAGAGGUGGGUCCUUCCAGCCCCGACAUGUGCUCCUUGCACCCUGCUUCUACCCCCUCUCAUCUUCCCUUCCCUGAAAGUGGCCUUGAACCCCCACGUACUCGCUACUCGCUCACCUUGGCAGAGGUGGGUCCUUCCAGCCCCGACAUGUGCUCCUUGCACCCUGCUUCUACCCCCUCUCAUCUUCCCUUCCCUGAAAGUGGCCUUGAACCCCCACGUACUCGCUACUCGCUCACCUUGGCAGAGGUGGGUCCUUCCAGCCCCGACAUGUGCUCCUUGCACCCUGCUUCUACCCCCUCUCAUCUUCCCUUCCCUGAAAGUGGCCUUGAACCCCCACGUACUCGCUACUCGCUCACCUUGGCAGAGGUGGGUCCUUCCAGCCCCGACAUGUGCUCCUUGCACCCUGCUUCUACCCCCUCUCAUCUUCCCUUCCCUGAAAGUGGCCUUGAACCCCCACGUACUCGCUACUCGCUCACCUUGGCAGAGGUGGGUCCUUCCAGCCCCGACAUGUGCUCCUUGCACCCUGCUUCUACCCCCUCUCAUCUUCCCUUCCCUGAAAGUGGCCUUGAACCCCCACGUACUCGCUACUCGCUCACCUUGGCAGAGGUGGGUCCUUCCAGCCCCGACAUGUGCUCCUUGCACCCUGCUUCUACCCCCUCUCAUCUUCCCUUCCCUGAAAGUGGCCUUGAACCCCCACGUACUCGCUACUCGCUCACCUUGGCAGAGGUGGGUCCUUCCAGCCCCGACAUGUGCUCCUUGCACCCUGCUUCUACCCCCUCUCAUCUUCCCUUCCCUGAAAGUGGCCUUGAACCCCCACGUACUCGCUACUCGCUCACCUUGGCAGAGGUGGGUCCUUCCAGCCCCGACAUGUGCUCCUUGCACCCUGCUUCUACCCCCUCUCAUCUUCCCUUCCCUGAAAGUGGCCUUGAACCCCCACGUACUCGCUACUCGCUCACCUUGGCAGAGGUGGGUCCUUCCAGCCCCGACAUGUGCUCCUUGCACCCUGCUUCUACCCCCUCUCAUCUUCCCUUCCCUGAAAGUGGCCUUGAACCCCCACGUACUCGCUACUCGCUCACCUUGGCAGAGGUGGGUCCUUCCAGCCCCGACAUGUGCUCCUUGCACCCUGCUUCUACCCCCUCUCAUCUUCCCUUCCCUGAAAGUGGCCUUGAACCCCCACGUACUCGCUACUCGCUCACCUUGGCAGAGGUGGGUCCUUCCAGCCCCGACAUGUGCUCCUUGCACCCUGCUUCUACCCCCUCUCAUCUUCCCUUCCCUGAAAGUGGCCUUGAACCCCCACGUACUCGCUACUCGCUCACCUUGGCAGAGGUGGGUCCUUCCAGCCCCGACAUGUGCUCCUUGCACCCUGCUUCUACCCCCUCUCAUCUUCCCUUCCCUGAAAGUGGCCUUGAACCCCCACGUACUCGCUACUCGCUCACCUUGGCAGAGGUGGGUCCUUCCAGCCCCGACAUGUGCUCCUUGCACCCUGCUUCUACCCCCUCUCAUCUUCCCUUCCCUGAAAGUGGCCUUGAACCCCCACGUACUCGCUACUCGCUCACCUUGGCAGAGGUGGGUCCUUCCAGCCCCGACAUGUGCUCCUUGCACCCUGCUUCUACCCCCUCUCAUCUUCCCUUCCCUGAAAGUGGCCUUGAACCCCCACGUACUCGCUACUCGCUCACCUUGGCAGAGGUGGGUCCUUCCAGCCCCGACAUGUGCUCCUUGCACCCUGCUUCUACCCCCUCUCAUCUUCCCUUCCCUGAAAGUGGCCUUGAACCCCCACGUACUCGCUACUCGCUCACCUUGGCAGAGGUGGGUCCUUCCAGCCCCGACAUGUGCUCCUUGCACCCUGCUUCUACCCCCUCUCAUCUUCCCUUCCCUGAAAGUGGCCUUGAACCCCCACGUACUCGCUACUCGCUCACCUUGGCAGAGGUGGGUCCUUCCAGCCCCGACAUGUGCUCCUUGCACCCUGCUUCUACCCCCUCUCAUCUUCCCUUCCCUGAAAGUGGCCUUGAACCCCCACGUACUCGCUACUCGCUCACCUUGGCAGAGGUGGGUCCUUCCAGCCCCGACAUGUGCUCCUUGCACCCUGCUUCUACCCCCUCUCAUCUUCCCUUCCCUGAAAGUGGCCUUGAACCCCCACGUACUCGCUACUCGCUCACCUUGGCAGAGGUGGGUCCUUCCAGCCCCGACAUGUGCUCCUUGCACCCUGCUUCUACCCCCUCUCAUCUUCCCUUCCCUGAAAGUGGCCUUGAACCCCCACGUACUCGCUACUCGCUCACCUUGGCAGAGGUGGGUCCUUCCAGCCCCGACAUGUGCUCCUUGCACCCUGCUUCUACCCCCUCUCAUCUUCCCUUCCCUGAAAGUGGCCUUGAACCCCCACGUACUCGCUACUCGCUCACCUUGGCAGAGGUGGGUCCUUCCAGCCCCGACAUGUGCUCCUUGCACCCUGCUUCUACCCCCUCUCAUCUUCCCUUCCCUGAAAGUGGCCUUGAACCCCCACGUACUCGCUACUCGCUCACCUUGGCAGAGGUGGGUCCUUCCAGCCCCGACAUGUGCUCCUUGCACCCUGCUUCUACCCCCUCUCAUCUUCCCUUCCCUGAAAGUGGCCUUGAACCCCCACGUACUCGCUACUCGCUCACCUUGGCAGAGGUGGGUCCUUCCAGCCCCGACAUGUGCUCCUUGCACCCUGCUUCUACCCCCUCUCAUCUUCCCUUCCCUGAAAGUGGCCUUGAACCCCCACGUACUCGCUACUCGCUCACCUUGGCAGAGGUGGGUCCUUCCAGCCCCGACAUGUGCUCCUUGCACCCUGCUUCUACCCCCUCUCAUCUUCCCUUCCCUGAAAGUGGCCUUGAACCCCCACGUACUCGCUACUCGCUCACCUUGGCAGAGGUGGGUCCUUCCAGCCCCGACAUGUGCUCCUUGCACCCUGCUUCUACCCCCUCUCAUCUUCCCUUCCCUGAAAGUGGCCUUGAACCCCCACGUACUCGCUACUCGCUCACCUUGGCAGAGGUGGGUCCUUCCAGCCCCGACAUGUGCUCCUUGCACCCUGCUUCUACCCCCUCUCAUCUUCCCUUCCCUGAAAGUGGCCUUGAACCCCCACGUACUCGCUACUCGCUCACCUUGGCAGAGGUGGGUCCUUCCAGCCCCGACAUGUGCUCCUUGCACCCUGCUUCUACCCCCUCUCAUCUUCCCUUCCCUGAAAGUGGCCUUGAACCCCCACGUACUCGCUACUCGCUCACCUUGGCAGAGGUGGGUCCUUCCAGCCCCGACAUGUGCUCCUUGCACCCUGCUUCUACCCCCUCUCAUCUUCCCUUCCCUGAAAGUGGCCUUGAACCCCCACGUACUCGCUACUCGCUCACCUUGGCAGAGGUGGGUCCUUCCAGCCCCGACAUGUGCUCCUUGCACCCUGCUUCUACCCCCUCUCAUCUUCCCUUCCCUGAAAGUGGCCUUGAACCCCCACGUACUCGCUACUCGCUCACCUUGGCAGAGGUGGGUCCUUCCAGCCCCGACAUGUGCUCCUUGCACCCUGCUUCUACCCCCUCUCAUCUUCCCUUCCCUGAAAGUGGCCUUGAACCCCCACGUACUCGCUACUCGCUCACCUUGGCAGAGGUGGGUCCUUCCAGCCCCGACAUGUGCUCCUUGCACCCUGCUUCUACCCCCUCUCAUCUUCCCUUCCCUGAAAGUGGCCUUGAACCCCCACGUACUCGCUACUCGCUCACCUUGGCAGAGGUGGGUCCUUCCAGCCCCGACAUGUGCUCCUUGCACCCUGCUUCUACCCCCUCUCAUCUUCCCUUCCCUGAAAGUGGCCUUGAACCCCCACGUACUCGCUACUCGCUCACCUUGGCAGAGGUGGGUCCUUCCAGCCCCGACAUGUGCUCCUUGCACCCUGCUUCUACCCCCUCUCAUCUUCCCUUCCCUGAAAGUGGCCUUGAACCCCCACGUACUCGCUACUCGCUCACCUUGGCAGAGGUGGGUCCUUCCAGCCCCGACAUGUGCUCCUUGCACCCUGCUUCUACCCCCUCUCAUCUUCCCUUCCCUGAAAGUGGCCUUGAACCCCCACGUACUCGCUACUCGCUCACCUUGGCAGAGGUGGGUCCUUCCAGCCCCGACAUGUGCUCCUUGCACCCUGCUUCUACCCCCUCUCAUCUUCCCUUCCCUGAAAGUGGCCUUGAACCCCCACGUACUCGCUACUCGCUCACCUUGGCAGAGGUGGGUCCUUCCAGCCCCGACAUGUGCUCCUUGCACCCUGCUUCUACCCCCUCUCAUCUUCCCUUCCCUGAAAGUGGCCUUGAACCCCCACGUACUCGCUACUCGCUCACCUUGGCAGAGGUGGGUCCUUCCAGCCCCGACAUGUGCUCCUUGCACCCUGCUUCUACCCCCUCUCAUCUUCCCUUCCCUGAAAGUGGCCUUGAACCCCCACGUACUCGCUACUCGCUCACCUUGGCAGAGGUGGGUCCUUCCAGCCCCGACAUGUGCUCCUUGCACCCUGCUUCUACCCCCUCUCAUCUUCCCUUCCCUGAAAGUGGCCUUGAACCCCCACGUACUCGCUACUCGCUCACCUUGGCAGAGGUGGGUCCUUCCAGCCCCGACAUGUGCUCCUUGCACCCUGCUUCUACCCCCUCUCAUCUUCCCUUCCCUGAAAGUGGCCUUGAACCCCCACGUACUCGCUACUCGCUCACCUUGGCAGAGGUGGGUCCUUCCAGCCCCGACAUGUGCUCCUUGCACCCUGCUUCUACCCCCUCUCAUCUUCCCUUCCCUGAAAGUGGCCUUGAACCCCCACGUACUCGCUACUCGCUCACCUUGGCAGAGGUGGGUCCUUCCAGCCCCGACAUGUGCUCCUUGCACCCUGCUUCUACCCCCUCUCAUCUUCCCUUCCCUGAAAGUGGCCUUGAACCCCCACGUACUCGCUACUCGCUCACCUUGGCAGAGGUGGGUCCUUCCAGCCCCGACAUGUGCUCCUUGCACCCUGCUUCUACCCCCUCUCAUCUUCCCUUCCCUGAAAGUGGCCUUGAACCCCCACGUACUCGCUACUCGCUCACCUUGGCAGAGGUGGGUCCUUCCAGCCCCGACAUGUGCUCCUUGCACCCUGCUUCUACCCCCUCUCAUCUUCCCUUCCCUGAAAGUGGCCUUGAACCCCCACGUACUCGCUACUCGCUCACCUUGGCAGAGGUGGGUCCUUCCAGCCCCGACAUGUGCUCCUUGCACCCUGCUUCUACCCCCUCUCAUCUUCCCUUCCCUGAAAGUGGCCUUGAACCCCCACGUACUCGCUACUCGCUCACCUUGGCAGAGGUGGGUCCUUCCAGCCCCGACAUGUGCUCCUUGCACCCUGCUUCUACCCCCUCUCAUCUUCCCUUCCCUGAAAGUGGCCUUGAACCCCCACGUACUCGCUACUCGCUCACCUUGGCAGAGGUGGGUCCUUCCAGCCCCGACAUGUGCUCCUUGCACCCUGCUUCUACCCCCUCUCAUCUUCCCUUCCCUGAAAGUGGCCUUGAACCCCCACGUACUCGCUACUCGCUCACCUUGGCAGAGGUGGGUCCUUCCAGCCCCGACAUGUGCUCCUUGCACCCUGCUUCUACCCCCUCUCAUCUUCCCUUCCCUGAAAGUGGCCUUGAACCCCCACGUACUCGCUACUCGCUCACCUUGGCAGAGGUGGGUCCUUCCAGCCCCGACAUGUGCUCCUUGCACCCUGCUUCUACCCCCUCUCAUCUUCCCUUCCCUGAAAGUGGCCUUGAACCCCCACGUACUCGCUACUCGCUCACCUUGGCAGAGGUGGGUCCUUCCAGCCCCGACAUGUGCUCCUUGCACCCUGCUUCUACCCCCUCUCAUCUUCCCUUCCCUGAAAGUGGCCUUGAACCCCCACGUACUCGCUACUCGCUCACCUUGGCAGAGGUGGGUCCUUCCAGCCCCGACAUGUGCUCCUUGCACCCUGCUUCUACCCCCUCUCAUCUUCCCUUCCCUGAAAGUGGCCUUGAACCCCCACGUACUCGCUACUCGCUCACCUUGGCAGAGGUGGGUCCUUCCAGCCCCGACAUGUGCUCCUUGCACCCUGCUUCUACCCCCUCUCAUCUUCCCUUCCCUGAAAGUGGCCUUGAACCCCCACGUACUCGCUACUCGCUCACCUUGGCAGAGGUGGGUCCUUCCAGCCCCGACAUGUGCUCCUUGCACCCUGCUUCUACCCCCUCUCAUCUUCCCUUCCCUGAAAGUGGCCUUGAACCCCCACGUACUCGCUACUCGCUCACCUUGGCAGAGGUGGGUCCUUCCAGCCCCGACAUGUGCUCCUUGCACCCUGCUUCUACCCCCUCUCAUCUUCCCUUCCCUGAAAGUGGCCUUGAACCCCCACGUACUCGCUACUCGCUCACCUUGGCAGAGGUGGGUCCUUCCAGCCCCGACAUGUGCUCCUUGCACCCUGCUUCUACCCCCUCUCAUCUUCCCUUCCCUGAAAGUGGCCUUGAACCCCCACGUACUCGCUACUCGCUCACCUUGGCAGAGGUGGGUCCUUCCAGCCCCGACAUGUGCUCCUUGCACCCUGCUUCUACCCCCUCUCAUCUUCCCUUCCCUGAAAGUGGCCUUGAACCCCCACGUACUCGCUACUCGCUCACCUUGGCAGAGGUGGGUCCUUCCAGCCCCGACAUGUGCUCCUUGCACCCUGCUUCUACCCCCUCUCAUCUUCCCUUCCCUGAAAGUGGCCUUGAACCCCCACGUACUCGCUACUCGCUCACCUUGGCAGAGGUGGGUCCUUCCAGCCCCGACAUGUGCUCCUUGCACCCUGCUUCUACCCCCUCUCAUCUUCCCUUCCCUGAAAGUGGCCUUGAACCCCCACGUACUCGCUACUCGCUCACCUUGGCAGAGGUGGGUCCUUCCAGCCCCGACAUGUGCUCCUUGCACCCUGCUUCUACCCCCUCUCAUCUUCCCUUCCCUGAAAGUGGCCUUGAACCCCCACGUACUCGCUACUCGCUCACCUUGGCAGAGGUGGGUCCUUCCAGCCCCGACAUGUGCUCCUUGCACCCUGCUUCUACCCCCUCUCAUCUUCCCUUCCCUGAAAGUGGCCUUGAACCCCCACGUACUCGCUACUCGCUCACCUUGGCAGAGGUGGGUCCUUCCAGCCCCGACAUGUGCUCCUUGCACCCUGCUUCUACCCCCUCUCAUCUUCCCUUCCCUGAAAGUGGCCUUGAACCCCCACGUACUCGCUACUCGCUCACCUUGGCAGAGGUGGGUCCUUCCAGCCCCGACAUGUGCUCCUUGCACCCUGCUUCUACCCCCUCUCAUCUUCCCUUCCCUGAAAGUGGCCUUGAACCCCCACGUACUCGCUACUCGCUCACCUUGGCAGAGGUGGGUCCUUCCAGCCCCGACAUGUGCUCCUUGCACCCUGCUUCUACCCCCUCUCAUCUUCCCUUCCCUGAAAGUGGCCUUGAACCCCCACGUACUCGCUACUCGCUCACCUUGGCAGAGGUGGGUCCUUCCAGCCCCGACAUGUGCUCCUUGCACCCUGCUUCUACCCCCUCUCAUCUUCCCUUCCCUGAAAGUGGCCUUGAACCCCCACGUACUCGCUACUCGCUCACCUUGGCAGAGGUGGGUCCUUCCAGCCCCGACAUGUGCUCCUUGCACCCUGCUUCUACCCCCUCUCAUCUUCCCUUCCCUGAAAGUGGCCUUGAACCCCCACGUACUCGCUACUCGCUCACCUUGGCAGAGGUGGGUCCUUCCAGCCCCGACAUGUGCUCCUUGCACCCUGCUUCUACCCCCUCUCAUCUUCCCUUCCCUGAAAGUGGCCUUGAACCCCCACGUACUCGCUACUCGCUCACCUUGGCAGAGGUGGGUCCUUCCAGCCCCGACAUGUGCUCCUUGCACCCUGCUUCUACCCCCUCUCAUCUUCCCUUCCCUGAAAGUGGCCUUGAACCCCCACGUACUCGCUACUCGCUCACCUUGGCAGAGGUGGGUCCUUCCAGCCCCGACAUGUGCUCCUUGCACCCUGCUUCUACCCCCUCUCAUCUUCCCUUCCCUGAAAGUGGCCUUGAACCCCCACGUACUCGCUACUCGCUCACCUUGGCAGAGGUGGGUCCUUCCAGCCCCGACAUGUGCUCCUUGCACCCUGCUUCUACCCCCUCUCAUCUUCCCUUCCCUGAAAGUGGCCUUGAACCCCCACGUACUCGCUACUCGCUCACCUUGGCAGAGGUGGGUCCUUCCAGCCCCGACAUGUGCUCCUUGCACCCUGCUUCUACCCCCUCUCAUCUUCCCUUCCCUGAAAGUGGCCUUGAACCCCCACGUACUCGCUACUCGCUCACCUUGGCAGAGGUGGGUCCUUCCAGCCCCGACAUGUGCUCCUUGCACCCUGCUUCUACCCCCUCUCAUCUUCCCUUCCCUGAAAGUGGCCUUGAACCCCCACGUACUCGCUACUCGCUCACCUUGGCAGAGGUGGGUCCUUCCAGCCCCGACAUGUGCUCCUUGCACCCUGCUUCUACCCCCUCUCAUCUUCCCUUCCCUGAAAGUGGCCUUGAACCCCCACGUACUCGCUACUCGCUCACCUUGGCAGAGGUGGGUCCUUCCAGCCCCGACAUGUGCUCCUUGCACCCUGCUUCUACCCCCUCUCAUCUUCCCUUCCCUGAAAGUGGCCUUGAACCCCCACGUACUCGCUACUCGCUCACCUUGGCAGAGGUGGGUCCUUCCAGCCCCGACAUGUGCUCCUUGCACCCUGCUUCUACCCCCUCUCAUCUUCCCUUCCCUGAAAGUGGCCUUGAACCCCCACGUACUCGCUACUCGCUCACCUUGGCAGAGGUGGGUCCUUCCAGCCCCGACAUGUGCUCCUUGCACCCUGCUUCUACCCCCUCUCAUCUUCCCUUCCCUGAAAGUGGCCUUGAACCCCCACGUACUCGCUACUCGCUCACCUUGGCAGAGGUGGGUCCUUCCAGCCCCGACAUGUGCUCCUUGCACCCUGCUUCUACCCCCUCUCAUCUUCCCUUCCCUGAAAGUGGCCUUGAACCCCCACGUACUCGCUACUCGCUCACCUUGGCAGAGGUGGGUCCUUCCAGCCCCGACAUGUGCUCCUUGCACCCUGCUUCUACCCCCUCUCAUCUUCCCUUCCCUGAAAGUGGCCUUGAACCCCCACGUACUCGCUACUCGCUCACCUUGGCAGAGGUGGGUCCUUCCAGCCCCGACAUGUGCUCCUUGCACCCUGCUUCUACCCCCUCUCAUCUUCCCUUCCCUGAAAGUGGCCUUGAACCCCCACGUACUCGCUACUCGCUCACCUUGGCAGAGGUGGGUCCUUCCAGCCCCGACAUGUGCUCCUUGCACCCUGCUUCUACCCCCUCUCAUCUUCCCUUCCCUGAAAGUGGCCUUGAACCCCCACGUACUCGCUACUCGCUCACCUUGGCAGAGGUGGGUCCUUCCAGCCCCGACAUGUGCUCCUUGCACCCUGCUUCUACCCCCUCUCAUCUUCCCUUCCCUGAAAGUGGCCUUGAACCCCCACGUACUCGCUACUCGCUCACCUUGGCAGAGGUGGGUCCUUCCAGCCCCGACAUGUGCUCCUUGCACCCUGCUUCUACCCCCUCUCAUCUUCCCUUCCCUGAAAGUGGCCUUGAACCCCCACGUACUCGCUACUCGCUCACCUUGGCAGAGGUGGGUCCUUCCAGCCCCGACAUGUGCUCCUUGCACCCUGCUUCUACCCCCUCUCAUCUUCCCUUCCCUGAAAGUGGCCUUGAACCCCCACGUACUCGCUACUCGCUCACCUUGGCAGAGGUGGGUCCUUCCAGCCCCGACAUGUGCUCCUUGCACCCUGCUUCUACCCCCUCUCAUCUUCCCUUCCCUGAAAGUGGCCUUGAACCCCCACGUACUCGCUACUCGCUCACCUUGGCAGAGGUGGGUCCUUCCAGCCCCGACAUGUGCUCCUUGCACCCUGCUUCUACCCCCUCUCAUCUUCCCUUCCCUGAAAGUGGCCUUGAACCCCCACGUACUCGCUACUCGCUCACCUUGGCAGAGGUGGGUCCUUCCAGCCCCGACAUGUGCUCCUUGCACCCUGCUUCUACCCCCUCUCAUCUUCCCUUCCCUGAAAGUGGCCUUGAACCCCCACGUACUCGCUACUCGCUCACCUUGGCAGAGGUGGGUCCUUCCAGCCCCGACAUGUGCUCCUUGCACCCUGCUUCUACCCCCUCUCAUCUUCCCUUCCCUGAAAGUGGCCUUGAACCCCCACGUACUCGCUACUCGCUCACCUUGGCAGAGGUGGGUCCUUCCAGCCCCGACAUGUGCUCCUUGCACCCUGCUUCUACCCCCUCUCAUCUUCCCUUCCCUGAAAGUGGCCUUGAACCCCCACGUACUCGCUACUCGCUCACCUUGGCAGAGGUGGGUCCUUCCAGCCCCGACAUGUGCUCCUUGCACCCUGCUUCUACCCCCUCUCAUCUUCCCUUCCCUGAAAGUGGCCUUGAACCCCCACGUACUCGCUACUCGCUCACCUUGGCAGAGGUGGGUCCUUCCAGCCCCGACAUGUGCUCCUUGCACCCUGCUUCUACCCCCUCUCAUCUUCCCUUCCCUGAAAGUGGCCUUGAACCCCCACGUACUCGCUACUCGCUCACCUUGGCAGAGGUGGGUCCUUCCAGCCCCGACAUGUGCUCCUUGCACCCUGCUUCUACCCCCUCUCAUCUUCCCUUCCCUGAAAGUGGCCUUGAACCCCCACGUACUCGCUACUCGCUCACCUUGGCAGAGGUGGGUCCUUCCAGCCCCGACAUGUGCUCCUUGCACCCUGCUUCUACCCCCUCUCAUCUUCCCUUCCCUGAAAGUGGCCUUGAACCCCCACGUACUCGCUACUCGCUCACCUUGGCAGAGGUGGGUCCUUCCAGCCCCGACAUGUGCUCCUUGCACCCUGCUUCUACCCCCUCUCAUCUUCCCUUCCCUGAAAGUGGCCUUGAACCCCCACGUACUCGCUACUCGCUCACCUUGGCAGAGGUGGGUCCUUCCAGCCCCGACAUGUGCUCCUUGCACCCUGCUUCUACCCCCUCUCAUCUUCCCUUCCCUGAAAGUGGCCUUGAACCCCCACGUACUCGCUACUCGCUCACCUUGGCAGAGGUGGGUCCUUCCAGCCCCGACAUGUGCUCCUUGCACCCUGCUUCUACCCCCUCUCAUCUUCCCUUCCCUGAAAGUGGCCUUGAACCCCCACGUACUCGCUACUCGCUCACCUUGGCAGAGGUGGGUCCUUCCAGCCCCGACAUGUGCUCCUUGCACCCUGCUUCUACCCCCUCUCAUCUUCCCUUCCCUGAAAGUGGCCUUGAACCCCCACGUACUCGCUACUCGCUCACCUUGGCAGAGGUGGGUCCUUCCAGCCCCGACAUGUGCUCCUUGCACCCUGCUUCUACCCCCUCUCAUCUUCCCUUCCCUGAAAGUGGCCUUGAACCCCCACGUACUCGCUACUCGCUCACCUUGGCAGAGGUGGGUCCUUCCAGCCCCGACAUGUGCUCCUUGCACCCUGCUUCUACCCCCUCUCAUCUUCCCUUCCCUGAAAGUGGCCUUGAACCCCCACGUACUCGCUACUCGCUCACCUUGGCAGAGGUGGGUCCUUCCAGCCCCGACAUGUGCUCCUUGCACCCUGCUUCUACCCCCUCUCAUCUUCCCUUCCCUGAAAGUGGCCUUGAACCCCCACGUACUCGCUACUCGCUCACCUUGGCAGAGGUGGGUCCUUCCAGCCCCGACAUGUGCUCCUUGCACCCUGCUUCUACCCCCUCUCAUCUUCCCUUCCCUGAAAGUGGCCUUGAACCCCCACGUACUCGCUACUCGCUCACCUUGGCAGAGGUGGGUCCUUCCAGCCCCGACAUGUGCUCCUUGCACCCUGCUUCUACCCCCUCUCAUCUUCCCUUCCCUGAAAGUGGCCUUGAACCCCCACGUACUCGCUACUCGCUCACCUUGGCAGAGGUGGGUCCUUCCAGCCCCGACAUGUGCUCCUUGCACCCUGCUUCUACCCCCUCUCAUCUUCCCUUCCCUGAAAGUGGCCUUGAACCCCCACGUACUCGCUACUCGCUCACCUUGGCAGAGGUGGGUCCUUCCAGCCCCGACAUGUGCUCCUUGCACCCUGCUUCUACCCCCUCUCAUCUUCCCUUCCCUGAAAGUGGCCUUGAACCCCCACGUACUCGCUACUCGCUCACCUUGGCAGAGGUGGGUCCUUCCAGCCCCGACAUGUGCUCCUUGCACCCUGCUUCUACCCCCUCUCAUCUUCCCUUCCCUGAAAGUGGCCUUGAACCCCCACGUACUCGCUACUCGCUCACCUUGGCAGAGGUGGGUCCUUCCAGCCCCGACAUGUGCUCCUUGCACCCUGCUUCUACCCCCUCUCAUCUUCCCUUCCCUGAAAGUGGCCUUGAACCCCCACGUACUCGCUACUCGCUCACCUUGGCAGAGGUGGGUCCUUCCAGCCCCGACAUGUGCUCCUUGCACCCUGCUUCUACCCCCUCUCAUCUUCCCUUCCCUGAAAGUGGCCUUGAACCCCCACGUACUCGCUACUCGCUCACCUUGGCAGAGGUGGGUCCUUCCAGCCCCGACAUGUGCUCCUUGCACCCUGCUUCUACCCCCUCUCAUCUUCCCUUCCCUGAAAGUGGCCUUGAACCCCCACGUACUCGCUACUCGCUCACCUUGGCAGAGGUGGGUCCUUCCAGCCCCGACAUGUGCUCCUUGCACCCUGCUUCUACCCCCUCUCAUCUUCCCUUCCCUGAAAGUGGCCUUGAACCCCCACGUACUCGCUACUCGCUCACCUUGGCAGAGGUGGGUCCUUCCAGCCCCGACAUGUGCUCCUUGCACCCUGCUUCUACCCCCUCUCAUCUUCCCUUCCCUGAAAGUGGCCUUGAACCCCCACGUACUCGCUACUCGCUCACCUUGGCAGAGGUGGGUCCUUCCAGCCCCGACAUGUGCUCCUUGCACCCUGCUUCUACCCCCUCUCAUCUUCCCUUCCCUGAAAGUGGCCUUGAACCCCCACGUACUCGCUACUCGCUCACCUUGGCAGAGGUGGGUCCUUCCAGCCCCGACAUGUGCUCCUUGCACCCUGCUUCUACCCCCUCUCAUCUUCCCUUCCCUGAAAGUGGCCUUGAACCCCCACGUACUCGCUACUCGCUCACCUUGGCAGAGGUGGGUCCUUCCAGCCCCGACAUGUGCUCCUUGCACCCUGCUUCUACCCCCUCUCAUCUUCCCUUCCCUGAAAGUGGCCUUGAACCCCCACGUACUCGCUACUCGCUCACCUUGGCAGAGGUGGGUCCUUCCAGCCCCGACAUGUGCUCCUUGCACCCUGCUUCUACCCCCUCUCAUCUUCCCUUCCCUGAAAGUGGCCUUGAACCCCCACGUACUCGCUACUCGCUCACCUUGGCAGAGGUGGGUCCUUCCAGCCCCGACAUGUGCUCCUUGCACCCUGCUUCUACCCCCUCUCAUCUUCCCUUCCCUGAAAGUGGCCUUGAACCCCCACGUACUCGCUACUCGCUCACCUUGGCAGAGGUGGGUCCUUCCAGCCCCGACAUGUGCUCCUUGCACCCUGCUUCUACCCCCUCUCAUCUUCCCUUCCCUGAAAGUGGCCUUGAACCCCCACGUACUCGCUACUCGCUCACCUUGGCAGAGGUGGGUCCUUCCAGCCCCGACAUGUGCUCCUUGCACCCUGCUUCUACCCCCUCUCAUCUUCCCUUCCCUGAAAGUGGCCUUGAACCCCCACGUACUCGCUACUCGCUCACCUUGGCAGAGGUGGGUCCUUCCAGCCCCGACAUGUGCUCCUUGCACCCUGCUUCUACCCCCUCUCAUCUUCCCUUCCCUGAAAGUGGCCUUGAACCCCCACGUACUCGCUACUCGCUCACCUUGGCAGAGGUGGGUCCUUCCAGCCCCGACAUGUGCUCCUUGCACCCUGCUUCUACCCCCUCUCAUCUUCCCUUCCCUGAAAGUGGCCUUGAACCCCCACGUACUCGCUACUCGCUCACCUUGGCAGAGGUGGGUCCUUCCAGCCCCGACAUGUGCUCCUUGCACCCUGCUUCUACCCCCUCUCAUCUUCCCUUCCCUGAAAGUGGCCUUGAACCCCCACGUACUCGCUACUCGCUCACCUUGGCAGAGGUGGGUCCUUCCAGCCCCGACAUGUGCUCCUUGCACCCUGCUUCUACCCCCUCUCAUCUUCCCUUCCCUGAAAGUGGCCUUGAACCCCCACGUACUCGCUACUCGCUCACCUUGGCAGAGGUGGGUCCUUCCAGCCCCGACAUGUGCUCCUUGCACCCUGCUUCUACCCCCUCUCAUCUUCCCUUCCCUGAAAGUGGCCUUGAACCCCCACGUACUCGCUACUCGCUCACCUUGGCAGAGGUGGGUCCUUCCAGCCCCGACAUGUGCUCCUUGCACCCUGCUUCUACCCCCUCUCAUCUUCCCUUCCCUGAAAGUGGCCUUGAACCCCCACGUACUCGCUACUCGCUCACCUUGGCAGAGGUGGGUCCUUCCAGCCCCGACAUGUGCUCCUUGCACCCUGCUUCUACCCCCUCUCAUCUUCCCUUCCCUGAAAGUGGCCUUGAACCCCCACGUACUCGCUACUCGCUCACCUUGGCAGAGGUGGGUCCUUCCAGCCCCGACAUGUGCUCCUUGCACCCUGCUUCUACCCCCUCUCAUCUUCCCUUCCCUGAAAGUGGCCUUGAACCCCCACGUACUCGCUACUCGCUCACCUUGGCAGAGGUGGGUCCUUCCAGCCCCGACAUGUGCUCCUUGCACCCUGCUUCUACCCCCUCUCAUCUUCCCUUCCCUGAAAGUGGCCUUGAACCCCCACGUACUCGCUACUCGCUCACCUUGGCAGAGGUGGGUCCUUCCAGCCCCGACAUGUGCUCCUUGCACCCUGCUUCUACCCCCUCUCAUCUUCCCUUCCCUGAAAGUGGCCUUGAACCCCCACGUACUCGCUACUCGCUCACCUUGGCAGAGGUGGGUCCUUCCAGCCCCGACAUGUGCUCCUUGCACCCUGCUUCUACCCCCUCUCAUCUUCCCUUCCCUGAAAGUGGCCUUGAACCCCCACGUACUCGCUACUCGCUCACCUUGGCAGAGGUGGGUCCUUCCAGCCCCGACAUGUGCUCCUUGCACCCUGCUUCUACCCCCUCUCAUCUUCCCUUCCCUGAAAGUGGCCUUGAACCCCCACGUACUCGCUACUCGCUCACCUUGGCAGAGGUGGGUCCUUCCAGCCCCGACAUGUGCUCCUUGCACCCUGCUUCUACCCCCUCUCAUCUUCCCUUCCCUGAAAGUGGCCUUGAACCCCCACGUACUCGCUACUCGCUCACCUUGGCAGAGGUGGGUCCUUCCAGCCCCGACAUGUGCUCCUUGCACCCUGCUUCUACCCCCUCUCAUCUUCCCUUCCCUGAAAGUGGCCUUGAACCCCCACGUACUCGCUACUCGCUCACCUUGGCAGAGGUGGGUCCUUCCAGCCCCGACAUGUGCUCCUUGCACCCUGCUUCUACCCCCUCUCAUCUUCCCUUCCCUGAAAGUGGCCUUGAACCCCCACGUACUCGCUACUCGCUCACCUUGGCAGAGGUGGGUCCUUCCAGCCCCGACAUGUGCUCCUUGCACCCUGCUUCUACCCCCUCUCAUCUUCCCUUCCCUGAAAGUGGCCUUGAACCCCCACGUACUCGCUACUCGCUCACCUUGGCAGAGGUGGGUCCUUCCAGCCCCGACAUGUGCUCCUUGCACCCUGCUUCUACCCCCUCUCAUCUUCCCUUCCCUGAAAGUGGCCUUGAACCCCCACGUACUCGCUACUCGCUCACCUUGGCAGAGGUGGGUCCUUCCAGCCCCGACAUGUGCUCCUUGCACCCUGCUUCUACCCCCUCUCAUCUUCCCUUCCCUGAAAGUGGCCUUGAACCCCCACGUACUCGCUACUCGCUCACCUUGGCAGAGGUGGGUCCUUCCAGCCCCGACAUGUGCUCCUUGCACCCUGCUUCUACCCCCUCUCAUCUUCCCUUCCCUGAAAGUGGCCUUGAACCCCCACGUACUCGCUACUCGCUCACCUUGGCAGAGGUGGGUCCUUCCAGCCCCGACAUGUGCUCCUUGCACCCUGCUUCUACCCCCUCUCAUCUUCCCUUCCCUGAAAGUGGCCUUGAACCCCCACGUACUCGCUACUCGCUCACCUUGGCAGAGGUGGGUCCUUCCAGCCCCGACAUGUGCUCCUUGCACCCUGCUUCUACCCCCUCUCAUCUUCCCUUCCCUGAAAGUGGCCUUGAACCCCCACGUACUCGCUACUCGCUCACCUUGGCAGAGGUGGGUCCUUCCAGCCCCGACAUGUGCUCCUUGCACCCUGCUUCUACCCCCUCUCAUCUUCCCUUCCCUGAAAGUGGCCUUGAACCCCCACGUACUCGCUACUCGCUCACCUUGGCAGAGGUGGGUCCUUCCAGCCCCGACAUGUGCUCCUUGCACCCUGCUUCUACCCCCUCUCAUCUUCCCUUCCCUGAAAGUGGCCUUGAACCCCCACGUACUCGCUACUCGCUCACCUUGGCAGAGGUGGGUCCUUCCAGCCCCGACAUGUGCUCCUUGCACCCUGCUUCUACCCCCUCUCAUCUUCCCUUCCCUGAAAGUGGCCUUGAACCCCCACGUACUCGCUACUCGCUCACCUUGGCAGAGGUGGGUCCUUCCAGCCCCGACAUGUGCUCCUUGCACCCUGCUUCUACCCCCUCUCAUCUUCCCUUCCCUGAAAGUGGCCUUGAACCCCCACGUACUCGCUACUCGCUCACCUUGGCAGAGGUGGGUCCUUCCAGCCCCGACAUGUGCUCCUUGCACCCUGCUUCUACCCCCUCUCAUCUUCCCUUCCCUGAAAGUGGCCUUGAACCCCCACGUACUCGCUACUCGCUCACCUUGGCAGAGGUGGGUCCUUCCAGCCCCGACAUGUGCUCCUUGCACCCUGCUUCUACCCCCUCUCAUCUUCCCUUCCCUGAAAGUGGCCUUGAACCCCCACGUACUCGCUACUCGCUCACCUUGGCAGAGGUGGGUCCUUCCAGCCCCGACAUGUGCUCCUUGCACCCUGCUUCUACCCCCUCUCAUCUUCCCUUCCCUGAAAGUGGCCUUGAACCCCCACGUACUCGCUACUCGCUCACCUUGGCAGAGGUGGGUCCUUCCAGCCCCGACAUGUGCUCCUUGCACCCUGCUUCUACCCCCUCUCAUCUUCCCUUCCCUGAAAGUGGCCUUGAACCCCCACGUACUCGCUACUCGCUCACCUUGGCAGAGGUGGGUCCUUCCAGCCCCGACAUGUGCUCCUUGCACCCUGCUUCUACCCCCUCUCAUCUUCCCUUCCCUGAAAGUGGCCUUGAACCCCCACGUACUCGCUACUCGCUCACCUUGGCAGAGGUGGGUCCUUCCAGCCCCGACAUGUGCUCCUUGCACCCUGCUUCUACCCCCUCUCAUCUUCCCUUCCCUGAAAGUGGCCUUGAACCCCCACGUACUCGCUACUCGCUCACCUUGGCAGAGGUGGGUCCUUCCAGCCCCGACAUGUGCUCCUUGCACCCUGCUUCUACCCCCUCUCAUCUUCCCUUCCCUGAAAGUGGCCUUGAACCCCCACGUACUCGCUACUCGCUCACCUUGGCAGAGGUGGGUCCUUCCAGCCCCGACAUGUGCUCCUUGCACCCUGCUUCUACCCCCUCUCAUCUUCCCUUCCCUGAAAGUGGCCUUGAACCCCCACGUACUCGCUACUCGCUCACCUUGGCAGAGGUGGGUCCUUCCAGCCCCGACAUGUGCUCCUUGCACCCUGCUUCUACCCCCUCUCAUCUUCCCUUCCCUGAAAGUGGCCUUGAACCCCCACGUACUCGCUACUCGCUCACCUUGGCAGAGGUGGGUCCUUCCAGCCCCGACAUGUGCUCCUUGCACCCUGCUUCUACCCCCUCUCAUCUUCCCUUCCCUGAAAGUGGCCUUGAACCCCCACGUACUCGCUACUCGCUCACCUUGGCAGAGGUGGGUCCUUCCAGCCCCGACAUGUGCUCCUUGCACCCUGCUUCUACCCCCUCUCAUCUUCCCUUCCCUGAAAGUGGCCUUGAACCCCCACGUACUCGCUACUCGCUCACCUUGGCAGAGGUGGGUCCUUCCAGCCCCGACAUGUGCUCCUUGCACCCUGCUUCUACCCCCUCUCAUCUUCCCUUCCCUGAAAGUGGCCUUGAACCCCCACGUACUCGCUACUCGCUCACCUUGGCAGAGGUGGGUCCUUCCAGCCCCGACAUGUGCUCCUUGCACCCUGCUUCUACCCCCUCUCAUCUUCCCUUCCCUGAAAGUGGCCUUGAACCCCCACGUACUCGCUACUCGCUCACCUUGGCAGAGGUGGGUCCUUCCAGCCCCGACAUGUGCUCCUUGCACCCUGCUUCUACCCCCUCUCAUCUUCCCUUCCCUGAAAGUGGCCUUGAACCCCCACGUACUCGCUACUCGCUCACCUUGGCAGAGGUGGGUCCUUCCAGCCCCGACAUGUGCUCCUUGCACCCUGCUUCUACCCCCUCUCAUCUUCCCUUCCCUGAAAGUGGCCUUGAACCCCCACGUACUCGCUACUCGCUCACCUUGGCAGAGGUGGGUCCUUCCAGCCCCGACAUGUGCUCCUUGCACCCUGCUUCUACCCCCUCUCAUCUUCCCUUCCCUGAAAGUGGCCUUGAACCCCCACGUACUCGCUACUCGCUCACCUUGGCAGAGGUGGGUCCUUCCAGCCCCGACAUGUGCUCCUUGCACCCUGCUUCUACCCCCUCUCAUCUUCCCUUCCCUGAAAGUGGCCUUGAACCCCCACGUACUCGCUACUCGCUCACCUUGGCAGAGGUGGGUCCUUCCAGCCCCGACAUGUGCUCCUUGCACCCUGCUUCUACCCCCUCUCAUCUUCCCUUCCCUGAAAGUGGCCUUGAACCCCCACGUACUCGCUACUCGCUCACCUUGGCAGAGGUGGGUCCUUCCAGCCCCGACAUGUGCUCCUUGCACCCUGCUUCUACCCCCUCUCAUCUUCCCUUCCCUGAAAGUGGCCUUGAACCCCCACGUACUCGCUACUCGCUCACCUUGGCAGAGGUGGGUCCUUCCAGCCCCGACAUGUGCUCCUUGCACCCUGCUUCUACCCCCUCUCAUCUUCCCUUCCCUGAAAGUGGCCUUGAACCCCCACGUACUCGCUACUCGCUCACCUUGGCAGAGGUGGGUCCUUCCAGCCCCGACAUGUGCUCCUUGCACCCUGCUUCUACCCCCUCUCAUCUUCCCUUCCCUGAAAGUGGCCUUGAACCCCCACGUACUCGCUACUCGCUCACCUUGGCAGAGGUGGGUCCUUCCAGCCCCGACAUGUGCUCCUUGCACCCUGCUUCUACCCCCUCUCAUCUUCCCUUCCCUGAAAGUGGCCUUGAACCCCCACGUACUCGCUACUCGCUCACCUUGGCAGAGGUGGGUCCUUCCAGCCCCGACAUGUGCUCCUUGCACCCUGCUUCUACCCCCUCUCAUCUUCCCUUCCCUGAAAGUGGCCUUGAACCCCCACGUACUCGCUACUCGCUCACCUUGGCAGAGGUGGGUCCUUCCAGCCCCGACAUGUGCUCCUUGCACCCUGCUUCUACCCCCUCUCAUCUUCCCUUCCCUGAAAGUGGCCUUGAACCCCCACGUACUCGCUACUCGCUCACCUUGGCAGAGGUGGGUCCUUCCAGCCCCGACAUGUGCUCCUUGCACCCUGCUUCUACCCCCUCUCAUCUUCCCUUCCCUGAAAGUGGCCUUGAACCCCCACGUACUCGCUACUCGCUCACCUUGGCAGAGGUGGGUCCUUCCAGCCCCGACAUGUGCUCCUUGCACCCUGCUUCUACCCCCUCUCAUCUUCCCUUCCCUGAAAGUGGCCUUGAACCCCCACGUACUCGCUACUCGCUCACCUUGGCAGAGGUGGGUCCUUCCAGCCCCGACAUGUGCUCCUUGCACCCUGCUUCUACCCCCUCUCAUCUUCCCUUCCCUGAAAGUGGCCUUGAACCCCCACGUACUCGCUACUCGCUCACCUUGGCAGAGGUGGGUCCUUCCAGCCCCGACAUGUGCUCCUUGCACCCUGCUUCUACCCCCUCUCAUCUUCCCUUCCCUGAAAGUGGCCUUGAACCCCCACGUACUCGCUACUCGCUCACCUUGGCAGAGGUGGGUCCUUCCAGCCCCGACAUGUGCUCCUUGCACCCUGCUUCUACCCCCUCUCAUCUUCCCUUCCCUGAAAGUGGCCUUGAACCCCCACGUACUCGCUACUCGCUCACCUUGGCAGAGGUGGGUCCUUCCAGCCCCGACAUGUGCUCCUUGCACCCUGCUUCUACCCCCUCUCAUCUUCCCUUCCCUGAAAGUGGCCUUGAACCCCCACGUACUCGCUACUCGCUCACCUUGGCAGAGGUGGGUCCUUCCAGCCCCGACAUGUGCUCCUUGCACCCUGCUUCUACCCCCUCUCAUCUUCCCUUCCCUGAAAGUGGCCUUGAACCCCCACGUACUCGCUACUCGCUCACCUUGGCAGAGGUGGGUCCUUCCAGCCCCGACAUGUGCUCCUUGCACCCUGCUUCUACCCCCUCUCAUCUUCCCUUCCCUGAAAGUGGCCUUGAACCCCCACGUACUCGCUACUCGCUCACCUUGGCAGAGGUGGGUCCUUCCAGCCCCGACAUGUGCUCCUUGCACCCUGCUUCUACCCCCUCUCAUCUUCCCUUCCCUGAAAGUGGCCUUGAACCCCCACGUACUCGCUACUCGCUCACCUUGGCAGAGGUGGGUCCUUCCAGCCCCGACAUGUGCUCCUUGCACCCUGCUUCUACCCCCUCUCAUCUUCCCUUCCCUGAAAGUGGCCUUGAACCCCCACGUACUCGCUACUCGCUCACCUUGGCAGAGGUGGGUCCUUCCAGCCCCGACAUGUGCUCCUUGCACCCUGCUUCUACCCCCUCUCAUCUUCCCUUCCCUGAAAGUGGCCUUGAACCCCCACGUACUCGCUACUCGCUCACCUUGGCAGAGGUGGGUCCUUCCAGCCCCGACAUGUGCUCCUUGCACCCUGCUUCUACCCCCUCUCAUCUUCCCUUCCCUGAAAGUGGCCUUGAACCCCCACGUACUCGCUACUCGCUCACCUUGGCAGAGGUGGGUCCUUCCAGCCCCGACAUGUGCUCCUUGCACCCUGCUUCUACCCCCUCUCAUCUUCCCUUCCCUGAAAGUGGCCUUGAACCCCCACGUACUCGCUACUCGCUCACCUUGGCAGAGGUGGGUCCUUCCAGCCCCGACAUGUGCUCCUUGCACCCUGCUUCUACCCCCUCUCAUCUUCCCUUCCCUGAAAGUGGCCUUGAACCCCCACGUACUCGCUACUCGCUCACCUUGGCAGAGGUGGGUCCUUCCAGCCCCGACAUGUGCUCCUUGCACCCUGCUUCUACCCCCUCUCAUCUUCCCUUCCCUGAAAGUGGCCUUGAACCCCCACGUACUCGCUACUCGCUCACCUUGGCAGAGGUGGGUCCUUCCAGCCCCGACAUGUGCUCCUUGCACCCUGCUUCUACCCCCUCUCAUCUUCCCUUCCCUGAAAGUGGCCUUGAACCCCCACGUACUCGCUACUCGCUCACCUUGGCAGAGGUGGGUCCUUCCAGCCCCGACAUGUGCUCCUUGCACCCUGCUUCUACCCCCUCUCAUCUUCCCUUCCCUGAAAGUGGCCUUGAACCCCCACGUACUCGCUACUCGCUCACCUUGGCAGAGGUGGGUCCUUCCAGCCCCGACAUGUGCUCCUUGCACCCUGCUUCUACCCCCUCUCAUCUUCCCUUCCCUGAAAGUGGCCUUGAACCCCCACGUACUCGCUACUCGCUCACCUUGGCAGAGGUGGGUCCUUCCAGCCCCGACAUGUGCUCCUUGCACCCUGCUUCUACCCCCUCUCAUCUUCCCUUCCCUGAAAGUGGCCUUGAACCCCCACGUACUCGCUACUCGCUCACCUUGGCAGAGGUGGGUCCUUCCAGCCCCGACAUGUGCUCCUUGCACCCUGCUUCUACCCCCUCUCAUCUUCCCUUCCCUGAAAGUGGCCUUGAACCCCCACGUACUCGCUACUCGCUCACCUUGGCAGAGGUGGGUCCUUCCAGCCCCGACAUGUGCUCCUUGCACCCUGCUUCUACCCCCUCUCAUCUUCCCUUCCCUGAAAGUGGCCUUGAACCCCCACGUACUCGCUACUCGCUCACCUUGGCAGAGGUGGGUCCUUCCAGCCCCGACAUGUGCUCCUUGCACCCUGCUUCUACCCCCUCUCAUCUUCCCUUCCCUGAAAGUGGCCUUGAACCCCCACGUACUCGCUACUCGCUCACCUUGGCAGAGGUGGGUCCUUCCAGCCCCGACAUGUGCUCCUUGCACCCUGCUUCUACCCCCUCUCAUCUUCCCUUCCCUGAAAGUGGCCUUGAACCCCCACGUACUCGCUACUCGCUCACCUUGGCAGAGGUGGGUCCUUCCAGCCCCGACAUGUGCUCCUUGCACCCUGCUUCUACCCCCUCUCAUCUUCCCUUCCCUGAAAGUGGCCUUGAACCCCCACGUACUCGCUACUCGCUCACCUUGGCAGAGGUGGGUCCUUCCAGCCCCGACAUGUGCUCCUUGCACCCUGCUUCUACCCCCUCUCAUCUUCCCUUCCCUGAAAGUGGCCUUGAACCCCCACGUACUCGCUACUCGCUCACCUUGGCAGAGGUGGGUCCUUCCAGCCCCGACAUGUGCUCCUUGCACCCUGCUUCUACCCCCUCUCAUCUUCCCUUCCCUGAAAGUGGCCUUGAACCCCCACGUACUCGCUACUCGCUCACCUUGGCAGAGGUGGGUCCUUCCAGCCCCGACAUGUGCUCCUUGCACCCUGCUUCUACCCCCUCUCAUCUUCCCUUCCCUGAAAGUGGCCUUGAACCCCCACGUACUCGCUACUCGCUCACCUUGGCAGAGGUGGGUCCUUCCAGCCCCGACAUGUGCUCCUUGCACCCUGCUUCUACCCCCUCUCAUCUUCCCUUCCCUGAAAGUGGCCUUGAACCCCCACGUACUCGCUACUCGCUCACCUUGGCAGAGGUGGGUCCUUCCAGCCCCGACAUGUGCUCCUUGCACCCUGCUUCUACCCCCUCUCAUCUUCCCUUCCCUGAAAGUGGCCUUGAACCCCCACGUACUCGCUACUCGCUCACCUUGGCAGAGGUGGGUCCUUCCAGCCCCGACAUGUGCUCCUUGCACCCUGCUUCUACCCCCUCUCAUCUUCCCUUCCCUGAAAGUGGCCUUGAACCCCCACGUACUCGCUACUCGCUCACCUUGGCAGAGGUGGGUCCUUCCAGCCCCGACAUGUGCUCCUUGCACCCUGCUUCUACCCCCUCUCAUCUUCCCUUCCCUGAAAGUGGCCUUGAACCCCCACGUACUCGCUACUCGCUCACCUUGGCAGAGGUGGGUCCUUCCAGCCCCGACAUGUGCUCCUUGCACCCUGCUUCUACCCCCUCUCAUCUUCCCUUCCCUGAAAGUGGCCUUGAACCCCCACGUACUCGCUACUCGCUCACCUUGGCAGAGGUGGGUCCUUCCAGCCCCGACAUGUGCUCCUUGCACCCUGCUUCUACCCCCUCUCAUCUUCCCUUCCCUGAAAGUGGCCUUGAACCCCCACGUACUCGCUACUCGCUCACCUUGGCAGAGGUGGGUCCUUCCAGCCCCGACAUGUGCUCCUUGCACCCUGCUUCUACCCCCUCUCAUCUUCCCUUCCCUGAAAGUGGCCUUGAACCCCCACGUACUCGCUACUCGCUCACCUUGGCAGAGGUGGGUCCUUCCAGCCCCGACAUGUGCUCCUUGCACCCUGCUUCUACCCCCUCUCAUCUUCCCUUCCCUGAAAGUGGCCUUGAACCCCCACGUACUCGCUACUCGCUCACCUUGGCAGAGGUGGGUCCUUCCAGCCCCGACAUGUGCUCCUUGCACCCUGCUUCUACCCCCUCUCAUCUUCCCUUCCCUGAAAGUGGCCUUGAACCCCCACGUACUCGCUACUCGCUCACCUUGGCAGAGGUGGGUCCUUCCAGCCCCGACAUGUGCUCCUUGCACCCUGCUUCUACCCCCUCUCAUCUUCCCUUCCCUGAAAGUGGCCUUGAACCCCCACGUACUCGCUACUCGCUCACCUUGGCAGAGGUGGGUCCUUCCAGCCCCGACAUGUGCUCCUUGCACCCUGCUUCUACCCCCUCUCAUCUUCCCUUCCCUGAAAGUGGCCUUGAACCCCCACGUACUCGCUACUCGCUCACCUUGGCAGAGGUGGGUCCUUCCAGCCCCGACAUGUGCUCCUUGCACCCUGCUUCUACCCCCUCUCAUCUUCCCUUCCCUGAAAGUGGCCUUGAACCCCCACGUACUCGCUACUCGCUCACCUUGGCAGAGGUGGGUCCUUCCAGCCCCGACAUGUGCUCCUUGCACCCUGCUUCUACCCCCUCUCAUCUUCCCUUCCCUGAAAGUGGCCUUGAACCCCCACGUACUCGCUACUCGCUCACCUUGGCAGAGGUGGGUCCUUCCAGCCCCGACAUGUGCUCCUUGCACCCUGCUUCUACCCCCUCUCAUCUUCCCUUCCCUGAAAGUGGCCUUGAACCCCCACGUACUCGCUACUCGCUCACCUUGGCAGAGGUGGGUCCUUCCAGCCCCGACAUGUGCUCCUUGCACCCUGCUUCUACCCCCUCUCAUCUUCCCUUCCCUGAAAGUGGCCUUGAACCCCCACGUACUCGCUACUCGCUCACCUUGGCAGAGGUGGGUCCUUCCAGCCCCGACAUGUGCUCCUUGCACCCUGCUUCUACCCCCUCUCAUCUUCCCUUCCCUGAAAGUGGCCUUGAACCCCCACGUACUCGCUACUCGCUCACCUUGGCAGAGGUGGGUCCUUCCAGCCCCGACAUGUGCUCCUUGCACCCUGCUUCUACCCCCUCUCAUCUUCCCUUCCCUGAAAGUGGCCUUGAACCCCCACGUACUCGCUACUCGCUCACCUUGGCAGAGGUGGGUCCUUCCAGCCCCGACAUGUGCUCCUUGCACCCUGCUUCUACCCCCUCUCAUCUUCCCUUCCCUGAAAGUGGCCUUGAACCCCCACGUACUCGCUACUCGCUCACCUUGGCAGAGGUGGGUCCUUCCAGCCCCGACAUGUGCUCCUUGCACCCUGCUUCUACCCCCUCUCAUCUUCCCUUCCCUGAAAGUGGCCUUGAACCCCCACGUACUCGCUACUCGCUCACCUUGGCAGAGGUGGGUCCUUCCAGCCCCGACAUGUGCUCCUUGCACCCUGCUUCUACCCCCUCUCAUCUUCCCUUCCCUGAAAGUGGCCUUGAACCCCCACGUACUCGCUACUCGCUCACCUUGGCAGAGGUGGGUCCUUCCAGCCCCGACAUGUGCUCCUUGCACCCUGCUUCUACCCCCUCUCAUCUUCCCUUCCCUGAAAGUGGCCUUGAACCCCCACGUACUCGCUACUCGCUCACCUUGGCAGAGGUGGGUCCUUCCAGCCCCGACAUGUGCUCCUUGCACCCUGCUUCUACCCCCUCUCAUCUUCCCUUCCCUGAAAGUGGCCUUGAACCCCCACGUACUCGCUACUCGCUCACCUUGGCAGAGGUGGGUCCUUCCAGCCCCGACAUGUGCUCCUUGCACCCUGCUUCUACCCCCUCUCAUCUUCCCUUCCCUGAAAGUGGCCUUGAACCCCCACGUACUCGCUACUCGCUCACCUUGGCAGAGGUGGGUCCUUCCAGCCCCGACAUGUGCUCCUUGCACCCUGCUUCUACCCCCUCUCAUCUUCCCUUCCCUGAAAGUGGCCUUGAACCCCCACGUACUCGCUACUCGCUCACCUUGGCAGAGGUGGGUCCUUCCAGCCCCGACAUGUGCUCCUUGCACCCUGCUUCUACCCCCUCUCAUCUUCCCUUCCCUGAAAGUGGCCUUGAACCCCCACGUACUCGCUACUCGCUCACCUUGGCAGAGGUGGGUCCUUCCAGCCCCGACAUGUGCUCCUUGCACCCUGCUUCUACCCCCUCUCAUCUUCCCUUCCCUGAAAGUGGCCUUGAACCCCCACGUACUCGCUACUCGCUCACCUUGGCAGAGGUGGGUCCUUCCAGCCCCGACAUGUGCUCCUUGCACCCUGCUUCUACCCCCUCUCAUCUUCCCUUCCCUGAAAGUGGCCUUGAACCCCCACGUACUCGCUACUCGCUCACCUUGGCAGAGGUGGGUCCUUCCAGCCCCGACAUGUGCUCCUUGCACCCUGCUUCUACCCCCUCUCAUCUUCCCUUCCCUGAAAGUGGCCUUGAACCCCCACGUACUCGCUACUCGCUCACCUUGGCAGAGGUGGGUCCUUCCAGCCCCGACAUGUGCUCCUUGCACCCUGCUUCUACCCCCUCUCAUCUUCCCUUCCCUGAAAGUGGCCUUGAACCCCCACGUACUCGCUACUCGCUCACCUUGGCAGAGGUGGGUCCUUCCAGCCCCGACAUGUGCUCCUUGCACCCUGCUUCUACCCCCUCUCAUCUUCCCUUCCCUGAAAGUGGCCUUGAACCCCCACGUACUCGCUACUCGCUCACCUUGGCAGAGGUGGGUCCUUCCAGCCCCGACAUGUGCUCCUUGCACCCUGCUUCUACCCCCUCUCAUCUUCCCUUCCCUGAAAGUGGCCUUGAACCCCCACGUACUCGCUACUCGCUCACCUUGGCAGAGGUGGGUCCUUCCAGCCCCGACAUGUGCUCCUUGCACCCUGCUUCUACCCCCUCUCAUCUUCCCUUCCCUGAAAGUGGCCUUGAACCCCCACGUACUCGCUACUCGCUCACCUUGGCAGAGGUGGGUCCUUCCAGCCCCGACAUGUGCUCCUUGCACCCUGCUUCUACCCCCUCUCAUCUUCCCUUCCCUGAAAGUGGCCUUGAACCCCCACGUACUCGCUACUCGCUCACCUUGGCAGAGGUGGGUCCUUCCAGCCCCGACAUGUGCUCCUUGCACCCUGCUUCUACCCCCUCUCAUCUUCCCUUCCCUGAAAGUGGCCUUGAACCCCCACGUACUCGCUACUCGCUCACCUUGGCAGAGGUGGGUCCUUCCAGCCCCGACAUGUGCUCCUUGCACCCUGCUUCUACCCCCUCUCAUCUUCCCUUCCCUGAAAGUGGCCUUGAACCCCCACGUACUCGCUACUCGCUCACCUUGGCAGAGGUGGGUCCUUCCAGCCCCGACAUGUGCUCCUUGCACCCUGCUUCUACCCCCUCUCAUCUUCCCUUCCCUGAAAGUGGCCUUGAACCCCCACGUACUCGCUACUCGCUCACCUUGGCAGAGGUGGGUCCUUCCAGCCCCGACAUGUGCUCCUUGCACCCUGCUUCUACCCCCUCUCAUCUUCCCUUCCCUGAAAGUGGCCUUGAACCCCCACGUACUCGCUACUCGCUCACCUUGGCAGAGGUGGGUCCUUCCAGCCCCGACAUGUGCUCCUUGCACCCUGCUUCUACCCCCUCUCAUCUUCCCUUCCCUGAAAGUGGCCUUGAACCCCCACGUACUCGCUACUCGCUCACCUUGGCAGAGGUGGGUCCUUCCAGCCCCGACAUGUGCUCCUUGCACCCUGCUUCUACCCCCUCUCAUCUUCCCUUCCCUGAAAGUGGCCUUGAACCCCCACGUACUCGCUACUCGCUCACCUUGGCAGAGGUGGGUCCUUCCAGCCCCGACAUGUGCUCCUUGCACCCUGCUUCUACCCCCUCUCAUCUUCCCUUCCCUGAAAGUGGCCUUGAACCCCCACGUACUCGCUACUCGCUCACCUUGGCAGAGGUGGGUCCUUCCAGCCCCGACAUGUGCUCCUUGCACCCUGCUUCUACCCCCUCUCAUCUUCCCUUCCCUGAAAGUGGCCUUGAACCCCCACGUACUCGCUACUCGCUCACCUUGGCAGAGGUGGGUCCUUCCAGCCCCGACAUGUGCUCCUUGCACCCUGCUUCUACCCCCUCUCAUCUUCCCUUCCCUGAAAGUGGCCUUGAACCCCCACGUACUCGCUACUCGCUCACCUUGGCAGAGGUGGGUCCUUCCAGCCCCGACAUGUGCUCCUUGCACCCUGCUUCUACCCCCUCUCAUCUUCCCUUCCCUGAAAGUGGCCUUGAACCCCCACGUACUCGCUACUCGCUCACCUUGGCAGAGGUGGGUCCUUCCAGCCCCGACAUGUGCUCCUUGCACCCUGCUUCUACCCCCUCUCAUCUUCCCUUCCCUGAAAGUGGCCUUGAACCCCCACGUACUCGCUACUCGCUCACCUUGGCAGAGGUGGGUCCUUCCAGCCCCGACAUGUGCUCCUUGCACCCUGCUUCUACCCCCUCUCAUCUUCCCUUCCCUGAAAGUGGCCUUGAACCCCCACGUACUCGCUACUCGCUCACCUUGGCAGAGGUGGGUCCUUCCAGCCCCGACAUGUGCUCCUUGCACCCUGCUUCUACCCCCUCUCAUCUUCCCUUCCCUGAAAGUGGCCUUGAACCCCCACGUACUCGCUACUCGCUCACCUUGGCAGAGGUGGGUCCUUCCAGCCCCGACAUGUGCUCCUUGCACCCUGCUUCUACCCCCUCUCAUCUUCCCUUCCCUGAAAGUGGCCUUGAACCCCCACGUACUCGCUACUCGCUCACCUUGGCAGAGGUGGGUCCUUCCAGCCCCGACAUUGGCCUUGAACCCCCACGUACUCGCUACUCGCUCACCUUGGCAGAGGUGGGUCCUUCCAGCCCCGACAUGUGCUCCUUGCACCCUGCUUCUACCCCCUCUCAUCUUCCCUUCCCUGAAAGUGGCCUUGAACCCCCACGUACUCGCUACUCGCUCACCUUGGCAGAGGUGGGUCCUUCCAGCCCCGACAUGUGCUCCUUGCACCCUGCUUCUACCCCCUCUCAUCUUCCCUUCCCUGAAAGUGGCCUUGAACCCCCACGUACUCGCUACUCGCUCACCUUGGCAGAGGUGGGUCCUUCCAGCCCCGACAUGUGCUCCUUGCACCCUGCUUCUACCCCCUCUCAUCUUCCCUUCCCUGAAAGUGGCCUUGAACCCCCACGUACUCGCUACUCGCUCACCUUGGCAGAGGUGGGUCCUUCCAGCCCCGACAUGUGCUCCUUGCACCCUGCUUCUACCCCCUCUCAUCUUCCCUUCCCUGAAAGUGGCCUUGAACCCCCACGUACUCGCUACUCGCUCACCUUGGCAGAGGUGGGUCCUUCCAGCCCCGACAUGUGCUCCUUGCACCCUGCUUCUACCCCCUCUCAUCUUCCCUUCCCUGAAAGUGGCCUUGAACCCCCACGUACUCGCUACUCGCUCACCUUGGCAGAGGUGGGUCCUUCCAGCCCCGACAUGUGCUCCUUGCACCCUGCUUCUACCCCCUCUCAUCUUCCCUUCCCUGAAAGUGGCCUUGAACCCCCACGUACUCGCUACUCGCUCACCUUGGCAGAGGUGGGUCCUUCCAGCCCCGACAUGUGCUCCUUGCACCCUGCUUCUACCCCCUCUCAUCUUCCCUUCCCUGAAAGUGGCCUUGAACCCCCACGUACUCGCUACUCGCUCACCUUGGCAGAGGUGGGUCCUUCCAGCCCCGACAUGUGCUCCUUGCACCCUGCUUCUACCCCCUCUCAUCUUCCCUUCCCUGAAAGUGGCCUUGAACCCCCACGUACUCGCUACUCGCUCACCUUGGCAGAGGUGGGUCCUUCCAGCCCCGACAUGUGCUCCUUGCACCCUGCUUCUACCCCCUCUCAUCUUCCCUUCCCUGAAAGUGGCCUUGAACCCCCACGUACUCGCUACUCGCUCACCUUGGCAGAGGUGGGUCCUUCCAGCCCCGACAUGUGCUCCUUGCACCCUGCUUCUACCCCCUCUCAUCUUCCCUUCCCUGAAAGUGGCCUUGAACCCCCACGUACUCGCUACUCGCUCACCUUGGCAGAGGUGGGUCCUUCCAGCCCCGACAUGUGCUCCUUGCACCCUGCUUCUACCCCCUCUCAUCUUCCCUUCCCUGAAAGUGGCCUUGAACCCCCACGUACUCGCUACUCGCUCACCUUGGCAGAGGUGGGUCCUUCCAGCCCCGACAUGUGCUCCUUGCACCCUGCUUCUACCCCCUCUCAUCUUCCCUUCCCUGAAAGUGGCCUUGAACCCCCACGUACUCGCUACUCGCUCACCUUGGCAGAGGUGGGUCCUUCCAGCCCCGACAUGUGCUCCUUGCACCCUGCUUCUACCCCCUCUCAUCUUCCCUUCCCUGAAAGUGGCCUUGAACCCCCACGUACUCGCUACUCGCUCACCUUGGCAGAGGUGGGUCCUUCCAGCCCCGACAUGUGCUCCUUGCACCCUGCUUCUACCCCCUCUCAUCUUCCCUUCCCUGAAAGUGGCCUUGAACCCCCACGUACUCGCUACUCGCUCACCUUGGCAGAGGUGGGUCCUUCCAGCCCCGACAUGUGCUCCUUGCACCCUGCUUCUACCCCCUCUCAUCUUCCCUUCCCUGAAAGUGGCCUUGAACCCCCACGUACUCGCUACUCGCUCACCUUGGCAGAGGUGGGUCCUUCCAGCCCCGACAUGUGCUCCUUGCACCCUGCUUCUACCCCCUCUCAUCUUCCCUUCCCUGAAAGUGGCCUUGAACCCCCACGUACUCGCUACUCGCUCACCUUGGCAGAGGUGGGUCCUUCCAGCCCCGACAUGUGCUCCUUGCACCCUGCUUCUACCCCCUCUCAUCUUCCCUUCCCUGAAAGUGGCCUUGAACCCCCACGUACUCGCUACUCGCUCACCUUGGCAGAGGUGGGUCCUUCCAGCCCCGACAUGUGCUCCUUGCACCCUGCUUCUACCCCCUCUCAUCUUCCCUUCCCUGAAAGUGGCCUUGAACCCCCACGUACUCGCUACUCGCUCACCUUGGCAGAGGUGGGUCCUUCCAGCCCCGACAUGUGCUCCUUGCACCCUGCUUCUACCCCCUCUCAUCUUCCCUUCCCUGAAAGUGGCCUUGAACCCCCACGUACUCGCUACUCGCUCACCUUGGCAGAGGUGGGUCCUUCCAGCCCCGACAUGUGCUCCUUGCACCCUGCUUCUACCCCCUCUCAUCUUCCCUUCCCUGAAAGUGGCCUUGAACCCCCACGUACUCGCUACUCGCUCACCUUGGCAGAGGUGGGUCCUUCCAGCCCCGACAUGUGCUCCUUGCACCCUGCUUCUACCCCCUCUCAUCUUCCCUUCCCUGAAAGUGGCCUUGAACCCCCACGUACUCGCUACUCGCUCACCUUGGCAGAGGUGGGUCCUUCCAGCCCCGACAUGUGCUCCUUGCACCCUGCUUCUACCCCCUCUCAUCUUCCCUUCCCUGAAAGUGGCCUUGAACCCCCACGUACUCGCUACUCGCUCACCUUGGCAGAGGUGGGUCCUUCCAGCCCCGACAUGUGCUCCUUGCACCCUGCUUCUACCCCCUCUCAUCUUCCCUUCCCUGAAAGUGGCCUUGAACCCCCACGUACUCGCUACUCGCUCACCUUGGCAGAGGUGGGUCCUUCCAGCCCCGACAUGUGCUCCUUGCACCCUGCUUCUACCCCCUCUCAUCUUCCCUUCCCUGAAAGUGGCCUUGAACCCCCACGUACUCGCUACUCGCUCACCUUGGCAGAGGUGGGUCCUUCCAGCCCCGACAUGUGCUCCUUGCACCCUGCUUCUACCCCCUCUCAUCUUCCCUUCCCUGAAAGUGGCCUUGAACCCCCACGUACUCGCUACUCGCUCACCUUGGCAGAGGUGGGUCCUUCCAGCCCCGACAUGUGCUCCUUGCACCCUGCUUCUACCCCCUCUCAUCUUCCCUUCCCUGAAAGUGGCCUUGAACCCCCACGUACUCGCUACUCGCUCACCUUGGCAGAGGUGGGUCCUUCCAGCCCCGACAUGUGCUCCUUGCACCCUGCUUCUACCCCCUCUCAUCUUCCCUUCCCUGAAAGUGGCCUUGAACCCCCACGUACUCGCUACUCGCUCACCUUGGCAGAGGUGGGUCCUUCCAGCCCCGACAUGUGCUCCUUGCACCCUGCUUCUACCCCCUCUCAUCUUCCCUUCCCUGAAAGUGGCCUUGAACCCCCACGUACUCGCUACUCGCUCACCUUGGCAGAGGUGGGUCCUUCCAGCCCCGACAUGUGCUCCUUGCACCCUGCUUCUACCCCCUCUCAUCUUCCCUUCCCUGAAAGUGGCCUUGAACCCCCACGUACUCGCUACUCGCUCACCUUGGCAGAGGUGGGUCCUUCCAGCCCCGACAUGUGCUCCUUGCACCCUGCUUCUACCCCCUCUCAUCUUCCCUUCCCUGAAAGUGGCCUUGAACCCCCACGUACUCGCUACUCGCUCACCUUGGCAGAGGUGGGUCCUUCCAGCCCCGACAUGUGCUCCUUGCACCCUGCUUCUACCCCCUCUCAUCUUCCCUUCCCUGAAAGUGGCCUUGAACCCCCACGUACUCGCUACUCGCUCACCUUGGCAGAGGUGGGUCCUUCCAGCCCCGACAUGUGCUCCUUGCACCCUGCUUCUACCCCCUCUCAUCUUCCCUUCCCUGAAAGUGGCCUUGAACCCCCACGUACUCGCUACUCGCUCACCUUGGCAGAGGUGGGUCCUUCCAGCCCCGACAUGUGCUCCUUGCACCCUGCUUCUACCCCCUCUCAUCUUCCCUUCCCUGAAAGUGGCCUUGAACCCCCACGUACUCGCUACUCGCUCACCUUGGCAGAGGUGGGUCCUUCCAGCCCCGACAUGUGCUCCUUGCACCCUGCUUCUACCCCCUCUCAUCUUCCCUUCCCUGAAAGUGGCCUUGAACCCCCACGUACUCGCUACUCGCUCACCUUGGCAGAGGUGGGUCCUUCCAGCCCCGACAUGUGCUCCUUGCACCCUGCUUCUACCCCCUCUCAUCUUCCCUUCCCUGAAAGUGGCCUUGAACCCCCACGUACUCGCUACUCGCUCACCUUGGCAGAGGUGGGUCCUUCCAGCCCCGACAUGUGCUCCUUGCACCCUGCUUCUACCCCCUCUCAUCUUCCCUUCCCUGAAAGUGGCCUUGAACCCCCACGUACUCGCUACUCGCUCACCUUGGCAGAGGUGGGUCCUUCCAGCCCCGACAUGUGCUCCUUGCACCCUGCUUCUACCCCCUCUCAUCUUCCCUUCCCUGAAAGUGGCCUUGAACCCCCACGUACUCGCUACUCGCUCACCUUGGCAGAGGUGGGUCCUUCCAGCCCCGACAUGUGCUCCUUGCACCCUGCUUCUACCCCCUCUCAUCUUCCCUUCCCUGAAAGUGGCCUUGAACCCCCACGUACUCGCUACUCGCUCACCUUGGCAGAGGUGGGUCCUUCCAGCCCCGACAUGUGCUCCUUGCACCCUGCUUCUACCCCCUCUCAUCUUCCCUUCCCUGAAAGUGGCCUUGAACCCCCACGUACUCGCUACUCGCUCACCUUGGCAGAGGUGGGUCCUUCCAGCCCCGACAUGUGCUCCUUGCACCCUGCUUCUACCCCCUCUCAUCUUCCCUUCCCUGAAAGUGGCCUUGAACCCCCACGUACUCGCUACUCGCUCACCUUGGCAGAGGUGGGUCCUUCCAGCCCCGACAUGUGCUCCUUGCACCCUGCUUCUACCCCCUCUCAUCUUCCCUUCCCUGAAAGUGGCCUUGAACCCCCACGUACUCGCUACUCGCUCACCUUGGCAGAGGUGGGUCCUUCCAGCCCCGACAUGUGCUCCUUGCACCCUGCUUCUACCCCCUCUCAUCUUCCCUUCCCUGAAAGUGGCCUUGAACCCCCACGUACUCGCUACUCGCUCACCUUGGCAGAGGUGGGUCCUUCCAGCCCCGACAUGUGCUCCUUGCACCCUGCUUCUACCCCCUCUCAUCUUCCCUUCCCUGAAAGUGGCCUUGAACCCCCACGUACUCGCUACUCGCUCACCUUGGCAGAGGUGGGUCCUUCCAGCCCCGACAUGUGCUCCUUGCACCCUGCUUCUACCCCCUCUCAUCUUCCCUUCCCUGAAAGUGGCCUUGAACCCCCACGUACUCGCUACUCGCUCACCUUGGCAGAGGUGGGUCCUUCCAGCCCCGACAUGUGCUCCUUGCACCCUGCUUCUACCCCCUCUCAUCUUCCCUUCCCUGAAAGUGGCCUUGAACCCCCACGUACUCGCUACUCGCUCACCUUGGCAGAGGUGGGUCCUUCCAGCCCCGACAUGUGCUCCUUGCACCCUGCUUCUACCCCCUCUCAUCUUCCCUUCCCUGAAAGUGGCCUUGAACCCCCACGUACUCGCUACUCGCUCACCUUGGCAGAGGUGGGUCCUUCCAGCCCCGACAUGUGCUCCUUGCACCCUGCUUCUACCCCCUCUCAUCUUCCCUUCCCUGAAAGUGGCCUUGAACCCCCACGUACUCGCUACUCGCUCACCUUGGCAGAGGUGGGUCCUUCCAGCCCCGACAUGUGCUCCUUGCACCCUGCUUCUACCCCCUCUCAUCUUCCCUUCCCUGAAAGUGGCCUUGAACCCCCACGUACUCGCUACUCGCUCACCUUGGCAGAGGUGGGUCCUUCCAGCCCCGACAUGUGCUCCUUGCACCCUGCUUCUACCCCCUCUCAUCUUCCCUUCCCUGAAAGUGGCCUUGAACCCCCACGUACUCGCUACUCGCUCACCUUGGCAGAGGUGGGUCCUUCCAGCCCCGACAUGUGCUCCUUGCACCCUGCUUCUACCCCCUCUCAUCUUCCCUUCCCUGAAAGUGGCCUUGAACCCCCACGUACUCGCUACUCGCUCACCUUGGCAGAGGUGGGUCCUUCCAGCCCCGACAUGUGCUCCUUGCACCCUGCUUCUACCCCCUCUCAUCUUCCCUUCCCUGAAAGUGGCCUUGAACCCCCACGUACUCGCUACUCGCUCACCUUGGCAGAGGUGGGUCCUUCCAGCCCCGACAUGUGCUCCUUGCACCCUGCUUCUACCCCCUCUCAUCUUCCCUUCCCUGAAAGUGGCCUUGAACCCCCACGUACUCGCUACUCGCUCACCUUGGCAGAGGUGGGUCCUUCCAGCCCCGACAUGUGCUCCUUGCACCCUGCUUCUACCCCCUCUCAUCUUCCCUUCCCUGAAAGUGGCCUUGAACCCCCACGUACUCGCUACUCGCUCACCUUGGCAGAGGUGGGUCCUUCCAGCCCCGACAUGUGCUCCUUGCACCCUGCUUCUACCCCCUCUCAUCUUCCCUUCCCUGAAAGUGGCCUUGAACCCCCACGUACUCGCUACUCGCUCACCUUGGCAGAGGUGGGUCCUUCCAGCCCCGACAUGUGCUCCUUGCACCCUGCUUCUACCCCCUCUCAUCUUCCCUUCCCUGAAAGUGGCCUUGAACCCCCACGUACUCGCUACUCGCUCACCUUGGCAGAGGUGGGUCCUUCCAGCCCCGACAUGUGCUCCUUGCACCCUGCUUCUACCCCCUCUCAUCUUCCCUUCCCUGAAAGUGGCCUUGAACCCCCACGUACUCGCUACUCGCUCACCUUGGCAGAGGUGGGUCCUUCCAGCCCCGACAUGUGCUCCUUGCACCCUGCUUCUACCCCCUCUCAUCUUCCCUUCCCUGAAAGUGGCCUUGAACCCCCACGUACUCGCUACUCGCUCACCUUGGCAGAGGUGGGUCCUUCCAGCCCCGACAUGUGCUCCUUGCACCCUGCUUCUACCCCCUCUCAUCUUCCCUUCCCUGAAAGUGGCCUUGAACCCCCACGUACUCGCUACUCGCUCACCUUGGCAGAGGUGGGUCCUUCCAGCCCCGACAUGUGCUCCUUGCACCCUGCUUCUACCCCCUCUCAUCUUCCCUUCCCUGAAAGUGGCCUUGAACCCCCACGUACUCGCUACUCGCUCACCUUGGCAGAGGUGGGUCCUUCCAGCCCCGACAUGUGCUCCUUGCACCCUGCUUCUACCCCCUCUCAUCUUCCCUUCCCUGAAAGUGGCCUUGAACCCCCACGUACUCGCUACUCGCUCACCUUGGCAGAGGUGGGUCCUUCCAGCCCCGACAUGUGCUCCUUGCACCCUGCUUCUACCCCCUCUCAUCUUCCCUUCCCUGAAAGUGGCCUUGAACCCCCACGUACUCGCUACUCGCUCACCUUGGCAGAGGUGGGUCCUUCCAGCCCCGACAUGUGCUCCUUGCACCCUGCUUCUACCCCCUCUCAUCUUCCCUUCCCUGAAAGUGGCCUUGAACCCCCACGUACUCGCUACUCGCUCACCUUGGCAGAGGUGGGUCCUUCCAGCCCCGACAUGUGCUCCUUGCACCCUGCUUCUACCCCCUCUCAUCUUCCCUUCCCUGAAAGUGGCCUUGAACCCCCACGUACUCGCUACUCGCUCACCUUGGCAGAGGUGGGUCCUUCCAGCCCCGACAUGUGCUCCUUGCACCCUGCUUCUACCCCCUCUCAUCUUCCCUUCCCUGAAAGUGGCCUUGAACCCCCACGUACUCGCUACUCGCUCACCUUGGCAGAGGUGGGUCCUUCCAGCCCCGACAUGUGCUCCUUGCACCCUGCUUCUACCCCCUCUCAUCUUCCCUUCCCUGAAAGUGGCCUUGAACCCCCACGUACUCGCUACUCGCUCACCUUGGCAGAGGUGGGUCCUUCCAGCCCCGACAUGUGCUCCUUGCACCCUGCUUCUACCCCCUCUCAUCUUCCCUUCCCUGAAAGUGGCCUUGAACCCCCACGUACUCGCUACUCGCUCACCUUGGCAGAGGUGGGUCCUUCCAGCCCCGACAUGUGCUCCUUGCACCCUGCUUCUACCCCCUCUCAUCUUCCCUUCCCUGAAAGUGGCCUUGAACCCCCACGUACUCGCUACUCGCUCACCUUGGCAGAGGUGGGUCCUUCCAGCCCCGACAUGUGCUCCUUGCACCCUGCUUCUACCCCCUCUCAUCUUCCCUUCCCUGAAAGUGGCCUUGAACCCCCACGUACUCGCUACUCGCUCACCUUGGCAGAGGUGGGUCCUUCCAGCCCCGACAUGUGCUCCUUGCACCCUGCUUCUACCCCCUCUCAUCUUCCCUUCCCUGAAAGUGGCCUUGAACCCCCACGUACUCGCUACUCGCUCACCUUGGCAGAGGUGGGUCCUUCCAGCCCCGACAUGUGCUCCUUGCACCCUGCUUCUACCCCCUCUCAUCUUCCCUUCCCUGAAAGUGGCCUUGAACCCCCACGUACUCGCUACUCGCUCACCUUGGCAGAGGUGGGUCCUUCCAGCCCCGACAUGUGCUCCUUGCACCCUGCUUCUACCCCCUCUCAUCUUCCCUUCCCUGAAAGUGGCCUUGAACCCCCACGUACUCGCUACUCGCUCACCUUGGCAGAGGUGGGUCCUUCCAGCCCCGACAUGUGCUCCUUGCACCCUGCUUCUACCCCCUCUCAUCUUCCCUUCCCUGAAAGUGGCCUUGAACCCCCACGUACUCGCUACUCGCUCACCUUGGCAGAGGUGGGUCCUUCCAGCCCCGACAUGUGCUCCUUGCACCCUGCUUCUACCCCCUCUCAUCUUCCCUUCCCUGAAAGUGGCCUUGAACCCCCACGUACUCGCUACUCGCUCACCUUGGCAGAGGUGGGUCCUUCCAGCCCCGACAUGUGCUCCUUGCACCCUGCUUCUACCCCCUCUCAUCUUCCCUUCCCUGAAAGUGGCCUUGAACCCCCACGUACUCGCUACUCGCUCACCUUGGCAGAGGUGGGUCCUUCCAGCCCCGACAUGUGCUCCUUGCACCCUGCUUCUACCCCCUCUCAUCUUCCCUUCCCUGAAAGUGGCCUUGAACCCCCACGUACUCGCUACUCGCUCACCUUGGCAGAGGUGGGUCCUUCCAGCCCCGACAUGUGCUCCUUGCACCCUGCUUCUACCCCCUCUCAUCUUCCCUUCCCUGAAAGUGGCCUUGAACCCCCACGUACUCGCUACUCGCUCACCUUGGCAGAGGUGGGUCCUUCCAGCCCCGACAUGUGCUCCUUGCACCCUGCUUCUACCCCCUCUCAUCUUCCCUUCCCUGAAAGUGGCCUUGAACCCCCACGUACUCGCUACUCGCUCACCUUGGCAGAGGUGGGUCCUUCCAGCCCCGACAUGUGCUCCUUGCACCCUGCUUCUACCCCCUCUCAUCUUCCCUUCCCUGAAAGUGGCCUUGAACCCCCACGUACUCGCUACUCGCUCACCUUGGCAGAGGUGGGUCCUUCCAGCCCCGACAUGUGCUCCUUGCACCCUGCUUCUACCCCCUCUCAUCUUCCCUUCCCUGAAAGUGGCCUUGAACCCCCACGUACUCGCUACUCGCUCACCUUGGCAGAGGUGGGUCCUUCCAGCCCCGACAUGUGCUCCUUGCACCCUGCUUCUACCCCCUCUCAUCUUCCCUUCCCUGAAAGUGGCCUUGAACCCCCACGUACUCGCUACUCGCUCACCUUGGCAGAGGUGGGUCCUUCCAGCCCCGACAUGUGCUCCUUGCACCCUGCUUCUACCCCCUCUCAUCUUCCCUUCCCUGAAAGUGGCCUUGAACCCCCACGUACUCGCUACUCGCUCACCUUGGCAGAGGUGGGUCCUUCCAGCCCCGACAUGUGCUCCUUGCACCCUGCUUCUACCCCCUCUCAUCUUCCCUUCCCUGAAAGUGGCCUUGAACCCCCACGUACUCGCUACUCGCUCACCUUGGCAGAGGUGGGUCCUUCCAGCCCCGACAUGUGCUCCUUGCACCCUGCUUCUACCCCCUCUCAUCUUCCCUUCCCUGAAAGUGGCCUUGAACCCCCACGUACUCGCUACUCGCUCACCUUGGCAGAGGUGGGUCCUUCCAGCCCCGACAUGUGCUCCUUGCACCCUGCUUCUACCCCCUCUCAUCUUCCCUUCCCUGAAAGUGGCCUUGAACCCCCACGUACUCGCUACUCGCUCACCUUGGCAGAGGUGGGUCCUUCCAGCCCCGACAUGUGCUCCUUGCACCCUGCUUCUACCCCCUCUCAUCUUCCCUUCCCUGAAAGUGGCCUUGAACCCCCACGUACUCGCUACUCGCUCACCUUGGCAGAGGUGGGUCCUUCCAGCCCCGACAUGUGCUCCUUGCACCCUGCUUCUACCCCCUCUCAUCUUCCCUUCCCUGAAAGUGGCCUUGAACCCCCACGUACUCGCUACUCGCUCACCUUGGCAGAGGUGGGUCCUUCCAGCCCCGACAUGUGCUCCUUGCACCCUGCUUCUACCCCCUCUCAUCUUCCCUUCCCUGAAAGUGGCCUUGAACCCCCACGUACUCGCUACUCGCUCACCUUGGCAGAGGUGGGUCCUUCCAGCCCCGACAUGUGCUCCUUGCACCCUGCUUCUACCCCCUCUCAUCUUCCCUUCCCUGAAAGUGGCCUUGAACCCCCACGUACUCGCUACUCGCUCACCUUGGCAGAGGUGGGUCCUUCCAGCCCCGACAUGUGCUCCUUGCACCCUGCUUCUACCCCCUCUCAUCUUCCCUUCCCUGAAAGUGGCCUUGAACCCCCACGUACUCGCUACUCGCUCACCUUGGCAGAGGUGGGUCCUUCCAGCCCCGACAUGUGCUCCUUGCACCCUGCUUCUACCCCCUCUCAUCUUCCCUUCCCUGAAAGUGGCCUUGAACCCCCACGUACUCGCUACUCGCUCACCUUGGCAGAGGUGGGUCCUUCCAGCCCCGACAUGUGCUCCUUGCACCCUGCUUCUACCCCCUCUCAUCUUCCCUUCCCUGAAAGUGGCCUUGAACCCCCACGUACUCGCUACUCGCUCACCUUGGCAGAGGUGGGUCCUUCCAGCCCCGACAUGUGCUCCUUGCACCCUGCUUCUACCCCCUCUCAUCUUCCCUUCCCUGAAAGUGGCCUUGAACCCCCACGUACUCGCUACUCGCUCACCUUGGCAGAGGUGGGUCCUUCCAGCCCCGACAUGUGCUCCUUGCACCCUGCUUCUACCCCCUCUCAUCUUCCCUUCCCUGAAAGUGGCCUUGAACCCCCACGUACUCGCUACUCGCUCACCUUGGCAGAGGUGGGUCCUUCCAGCCCCGACAUGUGCUCCUUGCACCCUGCUUCUACCCCCUCUCAUCUUCCCUUCCCUGAAAGUGGCCUUGAACCCCCACGUACUCGCUACUCGCUCACCUUGGCAGAGGUGGGUCCUUCCAGCCCCGACAUGUGCUCCUUGCACCCUGCUUCUACCCCCUCUCAUCUUCCCUUCCCUGAAAGUGGCCUUGAACCCCCACGUACUCGCUACUCGCUCACCUUGGCAGAGGUGGGUCCUUCCAGCCCCGACAUGUGCUCCUUGCACCCUGCUUCUACCCCCUCUCAUCUUCCCUUCCCUGAAAGUGGCCUUGAACCCCCACGUACUCGCUACUCGCUCACCUUGGCAGAGGUGGGUCCUUCCAGCCCCGACAUGUGCUCCUUGCACCCUGCUUCUACCCCCUCUCAUCUUCCCUUCCCUGAAAGUGGCCUUGAACCCCCACGUACUCGCUACUCGCUCACCUUGGCAGAGGUGGGUCCUUCCAGCCCCGACAUGUGCUCCUUGCACCCUGCUUCUACCCCCUCUCAUCUUCCCUUCCCUGAAAGUGGCCUUGAACCCCCACGUACUCGCUACUCGCUCACCUUGGCAGAGGUGGGUCCUUCCAGCCCCGACAUGUGCUCCUUGCACCCUGCUUCUACCCCCUCUCAUCUUCCCUUCCCUGAAAGUGGCCUUGAACCCCCACGUACUCGCUACUCGCUCACCUUGGCAGAGGUGGGUCCUUCCAGCCCCGACAUGUGCUCCUUGCACCCUGCUUCUACCCCCUCUCAUCUUCCCUUCCCUGAAAGUGGCCUUGAACCCCCACGUACUCGCUACUCGCUCACCUUGGCAGAGGUGGGUCCUUCCAGCCCCGACAUGUGCUCCUUGCACCCUGCUUCUACCCCCUCUCAUCUUCCCUUCCCUGAAAGUGGCCUUGAACCCCCACGUACUCGCUACUCGCUCACCUUGGCAGAGGUGGGUCCUUCCAGCCCCGACAUGUGCUCCUUGCACCCUGCUUCUACCCCCUCUCAUCUUCCCUUCCCUGAAAGUGGCCUUGAACCCCCACGUACUCGCUACUCGCUCACCUUGGCAGAGGUGGGUCCUUCCAGCCCCGACAUGUGCUCCUUGCACCCUGCUUCUACCCCCUCUCAUCUUCCCUUCCCUGAAAGUGGCCUUGAACCCCCACGUACUCGCUACUCGCUCACCUUGGCAGAGGUGGGUCCUUCCAGCCCCGACAUGUGCUCCUUGCACCCUGCUUCUACCCCCUCUCAUCUUCCCUUCCCUGAAAGUGGCCUUGAACCCCCACGUACUCGCUACUCGCUCACCUUGGCAGAGGUGGGUCCUUCCAGCCCCGACAUGUGCUCCUUGCACCCUGCUUCUACCCCCUCUCAUCUUCCCUUCCCUGAAAGUGGCCUUGAACCCCCACGUACUCGCUACUCGCUCACCUUGGCAGAGGUGGGUCCUUCCAGCCCCGACAUGUGCUCCUUGCACCCUGCUUCUACCCCCUCUCAUCUUCCCUUCCCUGAAAGUGGCCUUGAACCCCCACGUACUCGCUACUCGCUCACCUUGGCAGAGGUGGGUCCUUCCAGCCCCGACAUGUGCUCCUUGCACCCUGCUUCUACCCCCUCUCAUCUUCCCUUCCCUGAAAGUGGCCUUGAACCCCCACGUACUCGCUACUCGCUCACCUUGGCAGAGGUGGGUCCUUCCAGCCCCGACAUGUGCUCCUUGCACCCUGCUUCUACCCCCUCUCAUCUUCCCUUCCCUGAAAGUGGCCUUGAACCCCCACGUACUCGCUACUCGCUCACCUUGGCAGAGGUGGGUCCUUCCAGCCCCGACAUGUGCUCCUUGCACCCUGCUUCUACCCCCUCUCAUCUUCCCUUCCCUGAAAGUGGCCUUGAACCCCCACGUACUCGCUACUCGCUCACCUUGGCAGAGGUGGGUCCUUCCAGCCCCGACAUGUGCUCCUUGCACCCUGCUUCUACCCCCUCUCAUCUUCCCUUCCCUGAAAGUGGCCUUGAACCCCCACGUACUCGCUACUCGCUCACCUUGGCAGAGGUGGGUCCUUCCAGCCCCGACAUGUGCUCCUUGCACCCUGCUUCUACCCCCUCUCAUCUUCCCUUCCCUGAAAGUGGCCUUGAACCCCCACGUACUCGCUACUCGCUCACCUUGGCAGAGGUGGGUCCUUCCAGCCCCGACAUGUGCUCCUUGCACCCUGCUUCUACCCCCUCUCAUCUUCCCUUCCCUGAAAGUGGCCUUGAACCCCCACGUACUCGCUACUCGCUCACCUUGGCAGAGGUGGGUCCUUCCAGCCCCGACAUGUGCUCCUUGCACCCUGCUUCUACCCCCUCUCAUCUUCCCUUCCCUGAAAGUGGCCUUGAACCCCCACGUACUCGCUACUCGCUCACCUUGGCAGAGGUGGGUCCUUCCAGCCCCGACAUGUGCUCCUUGCACCCUGCUUCUACCCCCUCUCAUCUUCCCUUCCCUGAAAGUGGCCUUGAACCCCCACGUACUCGCUACUCGCUCACCUUGGCAGAGGUGGGUCCUUCCAGCCCCGACAUGUGCUCCUUGCACCCUGCUUCUACCCCCUCUCAUCUUCCCUUCCCUGAAAGUGGCCUUGAACCCCCACGUACUCGCUACUCGCUCACCUUGGCAGAGGUGGGUCCUUCCAGCCCCGACAUGUGCUCCUUGCACCCUGCUUCUACCCCCUCUCAUCUUCCCUUCCCUGAAAGUGGCCUUGAACCCCCACGUACUCGCUACUCGCUCACCUUGGCAGAGGUGGGUCCUUCCAGCCCCGACAUGUGCUCCUUGCACCCUGCUUCUACCCCCUCUCAUCUUCCCUUCCCUGAAAGUGGCCUUGAACCCCCACGUACUCGCUACUCGCUCACCUUGGCAGAGGUGGGUCCUUCCAGCCCCGACAUGUGCUCCUUGCACCCUGCUUCUACCCCCUCUCAUCUUCCCUUCCCUGAAAGUGGCCUUGAACCCCCACGUACUCGCUACUCGCUCACCUUGGCAGAGGUGGGUCCUUCCAGCCCCGACAUGUGCUCCUUGCACCCUGCUUCUACCCCCUCUCAUCUUCCCUUCCCUGAAAGUGGCCUUGAACCCCCACGUACUCGCUACUCGCUCACCUUGGCAGAGGUGGGUCCUUCCAGCCCCGACAUGUGCUCCUUGCACCCUGCUUCUACCCCCUCUCAUCUUCCCUUCCCUGAAAGUGGCCUUGAACCCCCACGUACUCGCUACUCGCUCACCUUGGCAGAGGUGGGUCCUUCCAGCCCCGACAUGUGCUCCUUGCACCCUGCUUCUACCCCCUCUCAUCUUCCCUUCCCUGAAAGUGGCCUUGAACCCCCACGUACUCGCUACUCGCUCACCUUGGCAGAGGUGGGUCCUUCCAGCCCCGACAUGUGCUCCUUGCACCCUGCUUCUACCCCCUCUCAUCUUCCCUUCCCUGAAAGUGGCCUUGAACCCCCACGUACUCGCUACUCGCUCACCUUGGCAGAGGUGGGUCCUUCCAGCCCCGACAUGUGCUCCUUCCACUCCUCUCGGAACACCGUGAGGGCCGGCGAGGGCGGGACAAAGGACGCCAUAGAUAUGAGGCCCUGCCAGAGAGGAGGGGGAUGGGGAAGGCAGGUGAGGGGGAAAGAAGGGAACAACGCGUAUGCAAUGGAUGCGAGGCAGGGACGCAAGAGUAUGAGCCCCUGGGAGGGACAAUAG